AGCGAGUUGCAUCUACAUGACGGAGGAAGGAGCACAGAGGGAAGGCUGAACGUCUAAUUUAUUUUUAGCAGCCAAUUGGAACUUUUUUCCCGAGAUGAAGGAGGGAAAGGAAAAAAAAAAAUUGGUGGUGUACGAGAGAGGCCAGCAGAAGACAGUGUAACCUUUGAGGCUCUGCUGCUUCUGCAAACGCCACCACUCAGCUGCUGAGGCGAGGGUCCAAAUGUCCAAACGGCCUCGAUUUUCUUUCGGGACGUCCUGCUACUAGUGUGGAUUCUGACUGGAGUGAUAAUGAUGGGGCCAUACAGCUGCUCCUGCUACCUCUUCCUUCUCCUGCUACCAGGUACCCUUAUUCCAGAAUAUUUAAGCCCAUUUUAAAAGACGGAAAGGCUAAGUGGCUGAAGAAUUUCUCCUGAAGUUAGGAGAGAACAGGGGGAUGGAAGGGGGGCAGCUCUAUCAAGAUACAGGUUUACUGGAUGUCAUUAAGGGCUCCUGAGUGGGAGGAAAGCAGAACUGACCCAAGGGGAGACCAUGUCUCAGUCUUGCUGCAAUGGACUGAUUGUGCAACCAGCCAUUCAAAAUUCCUUGUGCCUUCCUUUGGCUUAGCCUCUCUGCAAAUGGUAGUAGUAGUUGUUGUUGUUUUUAAAUCUUUUUAUUUUAAGUGUUUCAUUUUUUUAAAAAAGCUGACUCAUCAGCAAAAAAUCGCUCUCUGAGUGGUUUACAAACCACUACAAAAGAGGCAGUCCUUGCCUUCAGGCUUAGAAUCUGAAAGAGACACAGCACAGAAGGAAAAUGGUUGGGCGGGAGGAGGUAAUACACAAGCUCAGGUUCAAGUUGGAGGCAGUGGUGGCCACCAACUUGAAUGGCUUUAAAAGAAGUCUGGACAAAUUGAUGAAGGACAAGGCUAUCAAUGGCUACUAGCCACAAUGGCUACGCUCUCUAUGGUUGGAGGCAGUCAUGCUUCUGAAUACCAGUUGCUGGAAGCCACAGAAGGGGAGAGGGUUCUUAUGCUCUGGUGCUGCUUGUGGGCUUCCCACAGACAGCUGUUGGUCCACUCUGUUGUUGCCAACCUAGCAGUUCGUAAGCACACCAGUGCAAAUAGAUAAAUAGGUACCGCUGCAGCGGGAAGGUAAACAACGUUUCUGUGCGCUCUGGUUUCCAUCAUGGUGUCCUGUUGCGCCAGAAGCACUUUAGUCAUGCUGGCCACAUGACCUGGAAAAGCUGUUUGUGGAUGAACGCCUGCUCCCUCAGCCUGAAAGCGAGAUGAGCGCCACAACCCCAUAGUUGCCUUUGACUGGACUUUACCGUCCAGGGGUCCUUUACUUUACCACUCUGAGAAUGAGAUGCUGAACGAGAUGGGCCGCUGCCCUAAUCCAGUAGCCUUCUUCUUAUGUCCCAGUGAUCUGUCUUAAAAAUAAUGAUUUGGGUUCAAAUCAGUGCCUUAGAGCAUUCAUACAAAGAACUUCGCAUCCAUGAUAUCAGUAAUCCCUGUGACAGCACUGUGAGGUAGGUCUGAAGCAUUAUUUUAACAUUAGAAAUGAAGGUACAGUGGUACCUCAGGUUACAUACGCUUCAGGUUACAGACUCUGCUAACCCAGAAAUAGUACCUUGGGUUAAGAACUUUGCUUCAGGAUGAGAACAGAAAUUGUGCUCCGGUGGCGUGGCGGCAGCGGGAGGUCCCAUUAGCUAAAGUGGUGCUUCAGGUUAAGAACAGUUUCAGGUUAAGAACGGACCUCGGGAAUUAAUUAAGUAGGUACUUAACCUGAGGUACCACUGCAUUGAAGUGGUGGACGAGAUCCAACAUCACACCCUGGGAUGUUACGGGGUCUCCCUUCCUCUCUUCUCCUCUUCAGCGCCCACCCACCCAAAUCUGCUCCAGAGUUCCCCUACCCUGUGGACCAGAUUUGGGGGAGGGAACUGAGAAGCUGCCGAGGGGAGAGAAGUGGAACUCUUCUUUAACCAAGCAGGAUGUCACAACUGGAUAACCCCGAGAGAUGAAGUCAUGACACAGGCGAGAUCUUGUGUCAUCUUAAAAAGUAACAUAUUAAUUACGGCAUAAGCUUUCACAGACUACUUCAUCAUGCAUGAAGUGUUGUCCUGAGCUAUAGGUAUAAAGACACAUCUUUUUUGGAGGGGAAGCAGGGAUUGCAAACAGGUUGGAGGGAAAUGAAAUGUGGAAAACUAUUACCUUGCUAUACAUAAAAGUAUAUAGCAGUGUUCGCCCACCUGGUGCCCUCCAGAUGUUUUGGACUACAACUCACAUCAGCCCCCGCUAGCACAGCCAUGCCGUAACCCAGCAUGUUAUGGUUUCAAAGUCCACAAUAAAAAGUCACCAAUUUAAUCUUGGAUUUACUCGCACAGAGACCACAAAAGUAACCUGGAGGGAGAUUAACUAUGAAUAGCUAUUGGCCAGAUAACAUGAACGGCCAGCUCUCUCCCAGCUCUGAGUGGGAGACACCUUUUUUCUCUCUCUUUAAGAGGGGUCCUCAUUUCCUUCUCUCUAGUUAUAAUGAGAACUUCAUCGCUUCUGGUCACUUUUGCCUUCACUGCAGGGUUACCCCGACAAUGUAAGCUCUGCAAGACCUGAGCAUGAUAAGUUAAAAGAGCUUCUCAUGAAAAUACACUUUGCUAAACCUCAGCUGCUGGACAGCAGAGAUCUAGCAUCUUGCAGGUACUAGGUGGAUCUGCAAAGCAGAAUAUAAAAAUCAAUCUUACACAGUGAAGCCAAGUUUUAUUUACGUUUAGAAAUCAGGUCUGAUUGGCAAAGCUGUCCACUGCCUUUUAUUGCAUUGGGACUGACAAUAACUUUGUUCCAUGUUUCCCCAAAACUACAUUUCCAAGGGGCUUCUUGAGCCUUGGGGUCAGGAGGAAUCACCCCAGAUCUUUUUCUUUUCUGGGGCUUACAUACAUUGCACAUCAAUAGUUUUGCACAACUUCUGUUCAUUUCAGAGGGGCUUGUUUGGAAGAACUUUCUGAAGGUGGAUUGUGUCCCUGGGGGUCAGAUCCGUCUCAUUUCCCACUCUUCCACCCAUUAAUGGCACCCAUAACAUCUUACUGGAAGUAAGAACUUGCUUUGUACUACAUGGGAACAAAGGAAGCUGCCUGAAGUAUAGGUGGGUUACCACGAUGCAAGAUGCAGUGAUAACAGCAAGAACCUUUUAUUAAACUACAUGACUGGCAAACAGGGGCAAAGCAACUGCUUAUAUACAUUUCUGAAAGCCUGAGCCACUCCCAACGUGAUUGGCUGUCUAAACUUCCAAGCUGCGAAUCACGACUCAGAGUUCAAGGACCAAUGGCAGAGGCCCAAAUUCUGAAAUGUUCUGUGAUUGGACAUCAUGUAUCGAAUCAGAACACACGAGCUCAGGAUCCUUAGUCCAGACUCAAGCUCAGGCAAACACAGACCGCUGAAUAUAUAAUACUGCCUUUUCCCUAGCCAGACUACUGACCCAUCUAGCCCAGUAUUGUUGACACUGACUGGCAGCAGCUCUCCAGGCUAUCAGGCAAGAGUCCUUCCCAACCUACACAUUUAAAGCUAUAUCAUGCCACUUUAAACAGUUACAGCUUCCUCGCAAGAAUCCUAGGAAGUGUAGUUUGUUCAGGGUACUGAGAGUGGUUAGGAGACACCCCCACAUUCCCCUCCUGCUUUGGAUUCAGCACAGAGCAGGGCAUGCCUCUAUUUCCCCAGCUUCCAACCUCAGCCAAUAAUCCUAAUCGUACUUCACCUGUACAGUGGUGCCUCGCAAGACGAAUGCCUCGCAAGACGAAAAACGCACAAGACGAAAGAGUUUUCCGUUUUUUUAGUCGUUCCGCAAGACGAAUUUCCCUAUGGGCUUGCUUCGCAAGACAAAAUGUCUUGCGAGUUUGUUUCCUUUUUCUUAAAGCCGCUAAGCCGCUAAGCCGUUAAUAGCCGCUAAGCCGCUAAUAGCCGUGCUUCGCAAGACGAAAAAACCGCAAGACGAAGAGACUCGCGGAACGGAUUAAUUUCGUCUUGCGAGGCACCACUGUAAUUGUACUUCAGAGUACAGGUGUGUGGGAACUCAUGUGACUGGAUGAAAUUUAGCUUUUCAACAACUAGCAUCGCAAGGCUAGACUCCCAGCGCCGCCACCACCACAUAAUAUGCUGGUUUUCUGUGUAGGAGGAUUUUUUCUGUAUGGAUUUGAUUGCAGGAAGUGUUCCAGGUGAGACACAGGCAGGGCCACUUCAGCCACACUCAUAAGAACGUAAGGAGAGGCAGCUGGAUCAGGCCAAAGGUCCAGCAUCCUGUUCUUCCAGUGACCAACCAGAUACCCCAAUGGGAAAUCUGCAAGCAGGAGCCAAGCCCAAGAUCCCUCUCUCUUCCUGCGGUUUCCAGCAAUUGAUAUUCAGAAGCAUUGCUGCCUUCAGUGAUGGAGGCAGAGCACAGCCAUCAUGCCUAAUCGCUAUCGAUAGCCCUUUCCUCCUCAUUCUCCAUCUCAAGGACAUGAUUCAAGCAAGUCUCCCACCCUCCUCUGGUCCCUACAUUGUGCUUUUCCUCUUUCCCUCCCACGCCUUACUCUUUCUCUCUGUUGACUAUUUCUGGACCACUCCCAGCUCUGGAGAUGCUGCUAACCAGCUUAUAUUUUUAUGAAUGGAUAUUGCAGGCUUCUUGAGAGCCUUCCUUUUGCAGCACCCGUUGUGAUUUAGCAAGCUUGUUUUUGAAGCUUCCUACAAGCCAGGAGGGCAGAAGGGAGGUAGCUUUGGUUUCCAUUUAUUCCACCAGAUCCUCUUGUUCUCCACUCCCCCAUUCCCUCCCCCCAAAUCUAUUGACAAUGCUAAGGCUUUGAAAAACAGCAAGUCCUUGAAACGUUGCAAAGGAUUCUGGGAUUCUUCUCUCAUAUUGUACUUUGCCAGUAUUAAGUAUUGCUAAUCCUGGCCCUGCCUGAAAAGCUGGAGAGCUUCUGUCAGCCGGUGCUGACAAUACUGGGCUAGAUGGACCGAAGGUCUGAGUCAGUGUUAUGCAGCUUCCUGCAUUCCUGUGAAAGGUGGGGGGUUAAGUGUAGGAAAAUAAAUAAAUUAAAUUUGCCUGCCUCAAGUCUAAAUAGAGAGCAGGAUUAACAAUGGACUUGACUCAAGGCUAAUGUUGACAAACAUUACACCCCCACGUCAGAGAAUUUUGCUCACAGAAACAGAGAAAUCAGUUGCAUUAGAAAAAAAACAAGAUUACAGCUACAGUGGUACCUCUGGUUACGUACUUAAUUCGUUCUGGAGGUCCGUUCUUAACCUGAAACUGUUCUUAACCUGAAGCACCACUUUAGCUAAUGGGGCCUCCCACUGCCGCCGCCGCAUGAUUUCUGUUCUCAUUCUGAACCAAAGUUCUUAACCCGAGGUACUAUUUCUGGGUUAGCGGAGUCCGUAACCUGAAGCAUCUGUAACCUGAAGCAUAUGUAACCCGAGGUACCACUGUAUUAAAAUACAGUGGUGCCUUGGUUCUCAAACUCAAUCCAUUCUGGAAGUCCAUUAGACUUCCAAAACGUUUGCAAACCAAGGCUCUGGAAACAAUUCCGACAGCCGAAAUGGAUGUUCGGCUUCUGAAAAACGUUCGCAAACUGGAACUCUUAUGCUUUGCAGCGUUCGGGAACUCAUUUGUUCGUCAAUUAAGCUAUUCAGGAACCAAGGUACCACUGUAUUGAGUUAGGUGUGUUGAUGGAUAGAAUAAAAAAGAACUUAACAUGGUCCUCUAAGACCCACCCCACCUACCAAUUUUCUCUUGCUCUGUGAAGAAUGAGUUUUAAGAACCAAAGCUCGACAAUAGUUUUCUUGACUCUUUCCACUGUGAAAUCCUUGUUCUGGUGGAAUGAGUGAGUUGGAUGCUGCCCUUAGUGAGUAAACUCUUAUGUCACUACCCCACACAAGCUCUGGGGAAAGAAGGGCACAGAAGCUCAUUUUCUUUUUCAGAUGGGAAUGAAGACUUGGGGAGGAGGGCAAAGUGAAGCCUAAAAGAAAUUAAGAGCUUAAGAAGAGCCUGCUGGAUCAGGCCAAUGGCCCAUCUCUCCCAGCAUCCUGUUCCCACAGUGGCCAACUGGAUACUUCAUCUGGAAACCCACAAGCAGGAUUUGAGCAAAAGAUCCCUUUCCCAUCCUUCUUGUGGUUUCCAGCAACUGGUAUCAAGAAGCAUUACAGUGGUACCUCUGGUUAAGAACUUAAUUCAUUCCGGAGGUCUGUUCUUAACUUGAAACUGUUCUUAACCUGAGGUACCACCUUAGCUAAUGGGGCUUCCCGUUGCCGCCGUGCGAUUUCUGUUCUCAUCCUGAGGUAAAGUUCUUAACCUGAGGUACUAUUUCUGGGUUAGCAGGGUCUGUAACCUGAAGCGUCUGUAACCUGAAGCGUCUGUAACCCGAGGUACCACUGUACUGCCUCUGACCAUGAAGGCAGAGCAUAGCCAUCCUGGCUAGUAGCCAUUAAUAGCCUCCUCCUCCUCCUUCUCCAUGAAUUAGUCCAAUCUUCUUCCAAAGCCAUCUAAGUUGGUGGCCAUCACUGCCUCCUGUGGGAGGGAGUUCUAUAGUUUAACUGUGUGCUGCAUGGAGAAGAACUUUCGUUUAUUUGUCCCGAAUCUUCUGAGAUCCAGCUUCGUUGUAUGUUCUUGACUUGUAGUGUAAUUUUCUACUCACCUGUUAUGUCACCUCAUACUCGCGUUCUCAAUAAAAUUAAAAGCCCCCAAACACUGCAACCUUUCUUCACAAAGGGAUUUGCUCCAUCCCCUUUUCUGAACUUUUUCCAACUGUGCAAUAUCCUUUUUGAGGAGAGGUGACCAGAACUGUCCCCAGUAUUCCAAAAGCGGUUGCACCAACAAUGUAAUGUGUUUGAACUGCCUAUAACUGUUCCUUGGACUUCUUAGCUGCUGGAAGAAUGUAGGGAUAGGUGAAUCUGCAAAUUUUGGUUUCUAAAUUUUCCAUUCUUAAAUUCAGAUUUCCACGUCAGAUUUCCACGUCAGUUUAGGGUGAUCUAAAAAAGAAACACCAAGUCCUAAUGAAAAUUUAAGUGCGAAUUUCCCCCAGUGUGCACAUUUGUAUGCAAUUUUACCUAAUGCACUCUUUUUUUUUUUGCAAAGUAACCCUCUAUAAUGUUUAAUCUUUAGUAUCUUAUUUUCAGUACUAUAUGCACACUUUACUUUGCAUUGCUCUUUACUUGGCGUUGCAAAAUUCAGAGCUGUGAGAAUGAGUGUGGAUUUCUCCAAAUAAACAUAUUUUUGUAUGCACUUUAAUGUGCAUGUUUUUGAAAACAAAUUCUCCUAAUAUGGUGCAUUUUUUGUAUGUUAUUUUCACUAAUAUGUUCAUUUUCAUGCAUACAUACUUUUACCUAACGUGCAUUUUUUGCAAACAUUCCUUUGUUGGAGAACUGCAUUGCAAAAUUCAGAGAAGUGCGAAUUUUGAAGGCUGGCUGUGUUUCAGUUUGUGCAUUAUUUAACAAAAAUGCAAAUUUGGUAGGUUUGCCUUUAAAGGCGAACUCAAUAAAGACGUUGUGUCCCAUCUCUAGUCAAUAUUCCAAGACAAAGGCAAGACGGAUUGGUUUGAAUUCGCCCCCUUUAAUUGGUGUUUCCUAAAAUAUGCUUGUGGGCUAUGAUUCCUUUGCAAAGCUUUUGCUACACCCACCACAGGAGAAAAUAAGCCAUUUUGACUGCUCAUGUGAGAUCUCUGGGAAGCAAGGAGGAGACCAAAAUUUUGGGAUUUGUGAAGAGAAAGAACCUGGUACUUUUUUCUUAAAAAAAAAGAAAAGAAAUGUAUUUUAAAUUGGCAAAAAGACAGCAGUCUAACAAAACAAAACAAAACAAAAAGUCUAGCAGUAUCCUUUUCCCAGUCUCUCUCUCUCUCUCUCUCUCUCUCUCUCUCUCCCCCCCCUCUCUCUCUCUCACACACACACACACACACACACACACACAAACACAUCACUAGCAUCAGUGAUGGUAGUGGUGACAGCAAACUAUGGCUGUUCUGCCCUCCCACACCUCAUCGCCAUUCCACCCAGCAUCUGCCGCCUGAGGCAGAUGCCUCACUCUGCCUAAUCGUAGGGCCGGCGCUGAACCUAUGCAAAGACCCUAUGGCUAGAGAGAUGAAUUAGGAAUGGCUUCAGGGCUCCACAUUAGGAGCCUCCCAGACCCUGAGAUUUCAGGGCCCAAACCUGAGAUCUAGGGGCAGCACCUGGUGAUGUCACAGGGCAGGCCCUGGAGACACAGGUCAAUAGGGACGGCGGGGGAGGGAGCAAAGGAGGACCGACCUUCCACUCCCGGAGUGUCUAUGCUACAAUCUGCAGCCAACUCCUGUUGGGCCGGAGCUUGCAAGCUGCACGCACGGUCUUCUUAAUAUUUAUAUUUAUUAAAUGCCCCUCACCCACCUGGAGAUUCGAGAUCUCCACCUGCCACCUGGAGGGAACCAGGCACACCUGGAGAUGUUCAGCUCAGACCUGGAGGUCUGGAACCCCUAAAUCGGUGUGAGAAACAAUGUAUCCAACAUUACAGCAAAGUAUAGGGCGCACACCUGAAUUCUGGAUAACAUCAUGUGAACUCAGGUUUUUUUAAAACACAGCAGUGGGAACGCAGUGAGUGUGCAGAGGGAAUCCAGAAGUCUAAACUGUAAGGCUGUGCUCACUUUCCCAGUAAAGGGGAAUGUGAGCAGAGCCUUAGAGUCUAGACUUUUGGAUUCCCUCCCCUCUCCAUCAGUAGUUGAACUACACCAGCCAGCCUGGUGCCCUCCAGAUGUUUCGGACCACAACUCCAAUCAGCCCCAGUGAAGAGUCCAAAACAUCUGGCAAAGGCCAAGCUACACGGUACAAACAGCAAGGUUUGCUUUUGAACUUGUAGUGGAGGUUUGCCGGGCACAUUCUCCAUAAGUAAGAAGCAGUCCAUGAUUGCUUUGCUUGUUUCCGUUUGGCAUUUGGAAUCUGGGGCAGGGACAGACAGAGGUGCCAUUGUGCGAGAGGCACUGACAGCGACACCCUUUCCAUACACAUCCACUUGCGAGCCAGGAAACGCUUUGCUCUUUUCUCCGGGGCUUUGCCAGAUUCUGAGCUGCCGUUGGGAGGGCAGGACUAUUGCUGCUGACCUCCGUUUCUGGAAAUCGUUCCCUCAGAUACUGGCGAUGAUGACUUUGACGCUACCUGCUUCUGUUUUUCUUCCUUCCUUGCUGACAAAUGUAAAACACUGGCACACUUAUUUCCAACAAAUAGAUUUCGACAGCUUCCAUGUUGUCUUUUGCCCCAGGCAGAAUGCUAGGGACAUUAAUACUAAUUUUCAUAUGGAAAGCAAUUUGUACAAUUUGUAUGAAGGCCCUCCAACAAUCAGCUAUGUAUGUAUUGUUGGCUAAGCCCAGGUUUCCAGCGUGUAAGAGUGCGUUUCCUUUGCCAUGGAGUAACUGCAGCAAUUGGAGAGCAGGAUUACAUUCAUAAGAUAGUAUGGUUGCUCUGUAGGCUUCAGGUCAUUUAUUUAUUUGCAGUAUUUAUAGCUCACUCUUUAUUGAAUGUUUUCGAUCCUGGAGCUGGGAACAAAGUAAUAAAAAUAAACAGAGGAAAUCAAUAUACAAAAAUUACAAAAUCAAAUACACAGGACCAAUAAACAACAUAACCAUUCUAUCAUAAGGUAAAACAAAAUUACUACAGCAUUAAUUAAUACUUCCAAUUUAACAAAAUACUACUGCUAAUAAUAAUAGUGUCAGAUAGUGAUGUGCAGGUGGAUUUGCUGGCCUCCAACAUUUCCUUACUGACAGAGAUAGACAUCAUUCAGGGGUCUUCCCCUCCAUUUUACAAAUUAAACCACUGCCUUUACCCUGAUAUCAGAUGUGUGUAAAAGAGUGAUCCAUGGCUAGAGACAAGGGGGAAAGUGAGGCACUCUGCACACGAUCAGGAACACUGCCAUUUUUACUAUUGUCUCAAAUGCACCUGGGCUGCAGGGCUGAAAACAGAUUCUCAGGCGCAGCUUAAUCCUUCUUAUAACGACUACCUGCCACAGGAGAACAGAGAAGUCUUUCUGAGCCAGCCAGAAGGGUAAACAAUGUUUUUGCAGGGCCAAGAUAAACUCUCUGUCCAAAUUUCAAAUACUGGCCCAUGUUUGCUCCUGGCCUUCCCUUCCCUCCAGAGUGCGUUCGCUGAGCGGAUGUGGGAUUGUGCCGGUAACUUGAAACGGACGAAAUUUGUUGGGAACUUUGUGAAAGUUGGAUUGGAAUUUUGGCUCAUAAGGCUGUGCCAUGGCGGACUGCGGUGGGUGGGUUGCUGUUUUAGCAGCUGCAAGCAUUAGAUCGUUUUUCUUAUUCUUGAGCAAAGAAACCUCACCCCUCCUCAGCACACACAUUCCCAACAACAUGGCCGUAAGUUUAGGAGAUGCAAAGCAGGCAGAUGGCGGUAGAAGGUCUGUGUGAGAGAGUAGUUCCCAAACUGUUUUGAGCAACCACCCCCUUGGUUCCACAAACUCGUGGACAUUCAGUUAACGUCAGGGAAUGGUCUGGAUCUGAAGAUUGGGGAAUGCAGUUGCAGGCAGAUCAAUUCCUCUCAGAAGAGGAGGGGGAAUACACACCCACACCCACACCCACACCCACACCUACCUCCAGCAUUUUCAGAAGCAGAGAGAGAGGCAUACAUAGACACAGAAGCUGAGCAGAUUAGGGAGGAGUUACCCAGCUAUGAGAUAAUGACAAGAGAUCCAGAAGGGAGGGGGCAGCUGGGAGACACAUCAACUGAGAGUGUGUGGAAACCCCCCUCCCCAGGGACUCAGAGGUCCAAACGUAUCAGAGAACAUAGGAGGCUGAGAGGGGGAGGAACUUCCCAUUGGCGCACUCCUUGCUGCGGAAGUCAGAAGGAGGAUUCAGAGUAGGCAACUGAUCUUGCGGAAGGUUUUCUGUUUGUGCUUGCAACAUGAUAUUGUAAUAAAUGACUAUAAAACUAUCAACUGCUCGUUAAUUAUUAUCUGUGAGCUACUGAAGGGUGACGGGAACUCCCACACUUGACAGUUAAGUUGAAUGUUGGAAGAUUAAGGCGGAUAAAAGGAAGUCCUUCCACUGCGUGCAGUUAAACUAUGGAAUCUGCUCCCACAGGGGGUGGUGAUGGGCUCCAUCUUGGAUAGAUUUAAAAGAAGAUUGGACAAAUUCAUGGAAGAGAAGGCUAUCAACAACAACUUCAAAACAUUAGCCAUUACAGUGGUACCUCGAGUUACAUACGCUUCAGGUUACAGACGCCGCUAACCCAGAAAUAAUACCUCGGGUUAAGAACUUUGCUUCAGGAUGAGAACAGAAAUCGCACGGCGGCGGCACAGCGGCAGUGGGAGACCCCAUUAUCUAAAGUGGUACCUCAGGUUAAGAACAGUUUCAGGUUAAGAAUGGACCCUCAAAACGAAUUAAGUUCUUAACCCGAGGUACUACUUUAAUUGCACAUUUAUUCAAAAUCCAAUUAAAACAAUUUAGUUAAAUAAUUGAACAAAAUUGAUGAUCCAGUGAUACCAGUUUUUCAAAGUCUGAUGGUACCCUGCCAGCACCCCAAUUUCUCUUUGUGCUCCCCUAAAUAAUCCCACGGCCUCCCAGGGGAUGGUACCACUCACCUUGGGAAUCACUGGUGUCAGGCCAUGAGCCCAAGUUCCUGUGAUCGACAUGUAGAAACAGGUUUCAGCCCACAAAGUUGUUUGUUUAUGGACUGACUAUUUUUUUAAUAAUUAGUACAAUUACUGCACAUAUGUCAAAUCAUAAGCAAAAAAUAAGGUAGGUCCCUCCUGUGAGGAGCUUACAGUUUGAAAUUUGAUCACAAGAAAGGAAAAUACCAGUAUAUAUUCUAAAAAUGAUUUGGAUCCUGUUUUCUGGAAAUAAUGCUUGCUUUCAUAUAGGGCUGUAUCAAACCACCCCCAAAUUAGUGGUUCAUCCAGUUUUGGAGGUGCAGUUUUGGAGAGGGAUGGCGAUUGAAGAACACACACACACCCCACUCAAAACUGCAGCCCCAAACAGUAACCAAAAUGAUGCUUCCAGGUCCACUACCUGCAAGAGAUAGGUGAAUUUAGAAUAGCUCUUUUCUUUCACUCUCCAAAUCCCUUGUUGCUCUUCCUUCCUGCAUUUUAGGUGGGGUUGGUCUAGAUGAUCCUCAGGGUCCCCCAACUCUACAAUUCUCUUAUUCCAAGCAGUGUCUGCUGGAAAUAUUUUGACCUGGUAGGGCUGCAAUUUUUAACCCUGCCGUUUUCAUCCCAGUAGGACUUGUAAAACAGUUAUUUAGGAAAGUGUGCCAUUCUACACGUGCAGAGUGCUACUGUCUCCUCCUCUCUGAAAAAACAACCCGCCAGAUUCUCUGCACAUCUAUGGAGAGGGAAAGAGGGUCCAUGUGCGAGGGCUCAAGUAUGAUUUUCAGACAAGAUUGACUCCACAACUCUUAUUUGGAAAUUGAGCCUUAUCAGAUGACAUAAGUUUCUGAAUCCAUGUAUUCACCCAUUGCCAAAAAAACCCACAGAUAUAAAUGCGAGGAAAAUUUUAUUCCCGUUGCAUGCAGACCCCCCAAAAAAAACCUCUGGGGGAAAAUCAGUUUAACUAUUCAUUAUCCAAAACAUUUCCCCCCCCCCCAUCAAAAAACAAAGAAUUCCAACCCAGGGGCUGGGGGAGAUUCUUUCCUUUGAGCCAGGACACAUCAGAGCAUAGCAGAACACAUUUGCAGUUCCUGACUCAGUCCUGAAAAUGCGGCAAAAUAAUCUCUGUUCAUGUACAGGGUUCAUAACGCCAGGUGAUUUAAUGAUAAAAACGGUAUUUGCUAUAGAAAGAGACUCAUAAUUGCUGGCUUGCUUGUUCUCUCUGUGUGUGUGUCUGUCACAAAACAAAUACUAAACUAACCCCGCCCCCCAGCUCCUCAAAAUAGGAUUGUUGUUUUUCUGGCUUUCAAGGAAACAACUUUAAAAAAGAUAAAGGACCCCUGGACGGUUAAGUCCAGUCAAGGUGACUGUGGGGUUGCGGCUUUCAAGGAAACAGCUCUGAGCAUGCUCAGAAGCAGUGUAUGAUUCUGAUAGGCUAAUGCAAGCACAGAGGGCUGCUUUUGAAGCAUCUCCUACAUCUGUUGUAGUGGCUGUGUUGAACAGGUCCCAUAGCAACAGACAGAGUAGGAGCUUUUCUACUAGGGCUGACUUUCUGGCAGUCCGAUCAGUCACACAGUUUACCAGUUUAGAGAUGGAUAGGAAGGACCUCUAGCUAUAUUUCUGGAUUAGGACUGGCUGAGUGAUGCAGAGAGCUGAUUGGCCAGAGAACAGAAGAUGGACAAAAAUGCCUCAGUAACUUCAAGGAAGUAUAAAAUGUGUGGGACAAGAAGUAGUGUUUGGCUUUGAGUUUUGGAGGAGGAAUUUUUUAAAAAACAAACCCUGUUUGACAUUUUUAGUGGGAGAGCUGUGCCGCAGUUGUCCAGUGGACUAGCCUCCACUGCCAUUAAGGUCUUCAGAGGAAGUUCCAAGUCACACCCUAUCUCAGGUUAGCUUGAUGAGUAUGAGCAGCAGGGGCUUCUCUGUGGUGGCACCUUGGCUCUGGAAAUCCCUUCCUGAGGACUGAAACCCUUUCUUCUUUGGGGUUUUGUAAAGAGUCUUUUUACAGUGUAUUUGUUUCUGCCUGUGGAAUAUGAGUCCUGUUGACGUUUAUUUUAUUACUUUUAUUGCUUGUUUUUUGGGGUAAUUUUGUAAUAUUUUGACUCACUCUGUGUGUGUGUGUUUUAAUGUUUCCAUGAGACAAUUUGGAGGAUGUCAGAUAGAAAAGUGGUUCAGUAAUGCUUGGGUUACCUUAUAAAUAAUAUAAAUCAACACACUCCUGUGUAUUGGUGAUGGCCUGAGUGCUAGCCAAUAUGUACCCUCCCUAGCCAGCAUAGUGUAUAUUGGCCCUUCUAGCUUACCUUACUAGGAAGUGCCUGAGUCGCCUCUCACUCAGGCCAUGGGUUUUUUGGUUCUAGUUCUGGAGUGCUGUUUGCAGCCUGCCGCACAGCAUCUUUUUCCGUUUAGUUUGCUGCCGUUAAAGUUCUUGUGGGUUAUGCAUCCUCUGCAUGACCUUCUGCUCAUGAUACAUUUUGGGCAGAUUUUCUCAAUCCAAGCUGUAUUUCCCACCCGGGUGCGGAAUAGUGAUGUUUGUACUGAGCACACCUCAAAGUGGAAGUGCGUGUGAAAGAAGGAGGACUAGUCUAAUCUGCAGGUGGAGCUGGGAGGACAUAAAGACCUGAUUUUGUUUGCUGUGAGAAUCCAGAGCGAUGGCAUUCAGGAGCCCCUGCUCCCAAACCUAAUGGUGACCAGUUGGAGUGUCUGUGGGCGUGUUAAUGCUGUGAGCCUUUCAAUUUUAUACUCGGCCCGUAUGUAUAAAUAAAAUCAUAUACUGUAUUACAGCGUCUCUAGUGACCUUCAUUCUUAUGAAACCUGAGGUAUUGCAGUCCCCGAGAUCUCCAUAAUUAUCACUAUUAUUUACACCAUUCUCAACAGAAAGUGCUCAGGACAGUGAACAAAUCAUGAAAUAUAAUGCAGACCAAAAACAGAUAGCAAAACAGACUUCAAAGCAGUAUCAAUACAACCAGCACCGCCAGUAGAAAAAACAUCACGAGGACAAUUUAAUUACAUGUUUAAUAUGUGUCACUUAAUGGGUCAAAUCUGUGUCAUUUAUUUAUUUAAGCAGAUUUCUAUCCUGCCUUUUCAUUUGAGUGCUAAAAGCAUCUCACAAUAAAAACCACAUAUCAGGUGACAGUAAUGUAAGUAAUAUGUGUAUAUAUAUUUGUAAAAAUGCUCUGAAUUUCUCUCUCUCCUUUUCUCAAUCAUUCAAGGGUUUGGAACUCCAUUUAACAUUGAUGUGAAGAGACCUCAGAUCUUCCGUGGCCCACAGGAAGCCCAGUUUGGGUACAAAGUCCUUCAGUAUACAGCCCAGGGGCAGAAAUGGUAAGUCAAGGCUGGUUAAACCUAACCUGCAAUAGCUGUUUUGAGUAUGACCAUUCCUCUCUUUUUUAUAGAUUGUCACCAAAACUUACAUGUACGUGGAAGCUUAAAACCACAGCCUCUGCCUCUAGUUCAAUUAUCCAGAAACCUGAGGGAAGACAUGUCCUUCCAGGGCCAGCCCUACUAUUAGACAAAGUGAGCUGACUGACCAAGGCAGCUAAUUUCCAGUGUCGUGGAAGGGCAACCUACUUGCUGCUUAGUUUUUAAAAUUUAACAUGUUAUUAUUUCAUAAAAGUGUGUUGCAUUUUUACUGCUGCCAGGGAGGGGAAGAUAUGCUGAUGGGAUUAUCUUUAGGCUUCAGGUGCCAAAAUAACUUGGCUAGCCUUUGACACUGCAAUUUGAUGGGCGGUGAGUGGUGAGUGGAGGAUUUCCUGCUCCACCACAGGGAGCAAAUUGUCUUAGGCCUGUUCUGUCUACAAAUAUAUUUUCUGUGGGGUUGGGGGGGGCGGUUAUAUUGCUCCAAAGGAGGGAGCCAAAUUAGCACUUUGAGUGCCAAGACAUAAGGGAGUGGAGUUUGUCUGUACCCUCUCACAGGUUGGGAAAAAAAUUAUUGAGGGAAUUCUUUGCAUCCGUCUUUAUAGUGGAAAAUCUAGGGCAGAUUCCCAGUGCCUGAACACUAACUUGUGCAGGAAGGGAGUCUGAGGAACUGAGGCAGAUAGAGGUGAUGAGGUGAAGUUCUAGGCCUAACAGACACAAUGAAAACUGACAAAAGUCCGGAUGGAAUCCACCCUAGAACUCAAGCGUGAAUUUCCUAAUCUUCUAACAAAAAUAUGUAACUUGGUCCCUCAGAUCAGCCUCCACACCUGAGGACUGGAAAGAAGACAGUGUAACACCAAUUUUUAGAAAAGGAAACUGGAUGGAUCCUUACAGGCUAGUUAGCUUGAUAUCUGUCCUGGGAAAACAUUGGGGUCUGCUGACCCCAGUGUGCGCCAGCUCUGAAAAUGAUCUGCACUACGGAUUGUUAGGAUUUGAAAAAUAAAACUGCCAAUAUCAUUAUGCCGUUAUAUAAAUCUAUGGUGCGACUGCACUAGGAAUACUAUGUGCAGUUCUGGACACCUCCCUUCCAAAAGGAUAUUGUAGGGCAGGAGAAGGUUUCAGAAAAAAGGCAGCCAAAAUGAUCAAAGGGAUGAAGUGACUCUCCCAUGAGGAAAGGUUGCCACGUUUGGGACUUUUUAAUUUAGAGGAAAAGCAAAAAAGAAGUGACAUGAUAGAAGUUUAUAAAAUUACACAUGGCAUGGAGAAAGUGGUUAGAGAAAAGCUUUUCCCCCUCUCAUAACAUUAGAACCUAGUGGUCAAUAACCCAGGUAAUAAACUGAAAUAGUCAUGAUGAUCAUGAUGAUAAAGAUGAUUACUUAAGCAUUUCUAGAUAUAUCUCUAAGGGGCGAUUUUGAGUGGAUUUUUUUACAGAGACUAGGGUAUGUGCUGAAACAUUCAGCGUUCCUUUUCUAGUGGCAGGGGGGUGGGGAGACUCUUUGAAUGAAGGUUUUGGCCUUGAGGCCAAGGAUCUAAGGAAUGAAACAGGCAAUGAUUUCCUGACAACUUGUGGUACCUCAAAAUCUGUCUUCCCCCACCACACCCUUGAGGCCUAAAUGCAGGUCUAAAAACAGCCCCCUGUUGCUCGUUUCUGCCUUUCCUCUGAGGCAGCUUCCACCUCUUCUCUGGCUUCCAGACCUCAGUCCUGCGUCAGUCCUGAAUCAGAAAGGGAAAUUCCGAGCUGCACCAAUGAUUUCCCCAAUUGUACAUCCGCUGGACUUGUUAAAGAACAAAAGAACAAAAGGGAACUGUUGGCAGCACUCGUGCACUUGAGAAUAAUUCACAGAUGGAGAAGAAAUUCAGUAUAUGCCAGACUUCCAUAUGCUGCCAUUAAGGGUGGCCAGGGAACUGGGUCCAAAGAUCACAUGAAACACAGAGGCACUCAAAAAGAGCCUCUGUGUGCAGCCGCCAUAGCUGCUGGUGGGUGUUUGGAGCGUCCCCUGAUGGCUCAGAGCCACAUGGAGGCUGUCCUGCUGAAUGGGUUCACCAGAUGUCUGGCCUCCUUAGCUUGAAAUGAUGCUGUGGGGGAGUUGGAAAUGGGAUGUCUCAUGAAUUUAUGUUAUCAGGGUGAAAUAUACUCGGAGUCGAGAGUGGAUUUCAUGUUCUUUAUUCAGCUCAUAGUGGUGAGGAGGAAUGGAAGUUACCCCAGAAUGUCUGCUUUAUAUAUAUUAUUUACACAAUGGGCCCCAUGUGAUUGGCUCAUUCCGGGAUUCUCCUGUAGGCCAAUCAGGUCGCGGAUUCACUUCCACCUGGAGCUGGAUUGGGUGGCUCCUGUGGACCAAUCAGACUGCUGCAUUCUGAAUCCUAUUGUUCUAGGACCGAUCAGACUGCUGCAUUUUGGAUCCUAUUCAACUCAGUACAUAACACAGGGAGACCUGAGCUUUUGACCUGAAAAUGGGAUUCAGUGUGGGUUAAGGUUUGCCAACUGAUCCAGGCCUUCUCUUGCGGUGUAGAAAGGUUUCUCAGCUUGGAGAUAAUGCUUGUCAUUCUCUGCAAGAUCCAUUUGAACAGUUGGCAGCAUUUCCUGGAGUUAGAGCACAGCUGUGACGGCUAGUAACCAUUGAUAAAGACUUUUCCCUGAAUUUGUCUCUUCCUCUUUUAAAGCCGUCCAAGCUGGUGGGCCUUUUCUGCCUCCUGCAGGAGGUUAAAGUCAGCUCCUCCUGCAGUGAUUAAUUCAACUUCCGCUGAUGCAUUUAAACUUCCAACAGCACAGGGUGGGUUUCAACGUAAAAAUACAAAAUAAGAACACAAAAUACCUAACAACAACCCACCCCCAAACAAACCAAUAACCCCCUUGCACAGACACAUUUAAAAGGCCAUGGAUUGUUUAAUCAGCCAAAGGCCUGGUUAUAGAGAAACCUUUUCAUCUGGUGCCUAAAGAUAUGUAAUGGAGGUGCCAGGUGAGCCUCCCUGGGGAGAGUACUCUACACAGUGGUGAAGGAAGGAGGUGCAGUAGGUCCACGCCACCCCAGGUGUCACCACUCAGGGGGGGUGACAAAAUGCUGGGUGGCACUCACUGGGAGAGACGCGGUGGUUUCGGCACGCAGGCUCUGCGCUGCCCAAAUGGUUCGCCCGCUUCCUCCCUCCUCCCAGCUGUAGGGUGGCUGAGUGGAAGGAGGCAGGCAGACUCCCGAGGCCCCACGGUGCGCCCCACCCCUAGGUGCGCCGCCCCAGGCGCCCGAACGCCUUCCUCCGCCGCUGACUCUACAAGUGGGGAUCCACUGCAGAAAAGGCCCAUUCUCAUGUUGCCACCCCCCAGACAUUUUGUAGAGGGGGCAGAUGAAGAAGGGCCUCAGAGGAUGAACACAGGCUCUGGGUUUCUUCACAGAAUCUUAGAGUUGGGACCCUAAGGUUCAUCUAGUCUAACCGCCUGCAAUGCAGGAAUCUCAGCUAAAGCAUCCAUGAUAGAUGGCCACCCAACCUCUGUUGGAAAACCUCCAAGGAAGGAGAGUCCACCACCUCUCGUGGGAGUCGGUUCCACUGCUGAAUAGCUCUUGCUGUCAGAAAGUUCUUUUUUACGAAUUUUUAGUUGGAAUCUCCUUUCUUGCAACUUGAAGCCAUUGGUUCAAGUCCGACCAUCCAGAGCGGGGGGAAACAAGCAUGCUCUCGCCUCCAUUGUGAUGACAGCCCUUUAAGAUAUUUGAAGAUGGCUAUCAUAUCUCCUCUCCGUCUCCUCUUUUCCAGGCUAAACACACCCAGUUCCUUCAAGUGCUCCUCAUGAGCCUUAGUUUCCAGACCCUUGAUCAUCAUGUGGGGGAUUGGUGUUAUAUACUCAAACCAUCUUGGGGGCAACCUGGCCUGCUGAAUUCAUCUCACUGAUGAGGAGUGGGGCUGACACACAGUUGCAUCUUUUGAUACCUCCAGAUAUUGUAAUAUGGUAGAACAUUGGGGUGAUAGGCUAAAUCCCAAGCAGCACCUUCAGAGGAAAACUGUGGGGAAUGCCCUACUUCCCCAUAAUAUAUUUCCAUUGUAUUACCAGAAUGAAGGAGGAAUCUGUGAUCUUGCUGGCGAUGAGGAAUCCAGGAAUCAGAUGCAAAGCUUAACAUGAUCAUUCUGUUUCCCAUGGAAAAGGCAUCUCAGAGUGGGCAAUGGGGCUAAUGAGCUUAGGGGGACUGGCUUCAGUGAGAAAGUGGGGCAGCGUGUCCGAUCCCCCCCCCAAACCAAGAACUGGGUUCUCCAAAGCCAACACUUUGGGGGGGGGUGUGCCAGUAAUGUAUUAGGGAUGCCUCCCUUUCCUUUCUCCAGCUUCUUUCCAGACACAUUGAGUGAGUAGAUGAGGUGGUGAGAACAGUUUUCGGGACCCCCUGGGAAAGGGGAUGGACAAAAUGAAGGGUGGGGGGAGAAAUGAGAGAGGGGAAAGUGAGCAGGAGGAAGGAAAUGCAAGAGAAAUGGGCCUCCCUCUUCCUUUCCCUUCCUUUCUCUCUCUUGCACAAACCUCCAUCCAACUCUGUCCUGCCAAAUUUCACAGUUCAUCAUCUAGUUUUCAGUACAGUAAUAGUAAUACAGUGCUUAAAAAAAAUAAAUCCAAACUACUCUUCUUCUUUUUUUUUUUUUUUUGCAAGAUGUGAUUUCCCUCACAACAAUCCUGUGAGGUAAUGCAGCACAUUCACUCUACCAUUUUACAGAUACAGUGCUAGAAUAGAGGGGGAUGGCUACUUGCUAGAUAGGGCCACUGCUGCCUCCGUCUCCUCUUUUCUGGGGCAGCUCCUAAAAAGCUACAUGGGGUGCAGCAAUUGACAGUGUUUUUAUAACCCCUAAAAGCCAGGGAAUUAAUCAGUGACAUGAACCCAUGGCUCCUAAUUCCAUGUGAAACUCCCGUUGCAAAGAACCGUGUUUUACCUGCAAAAUUAUGCCACAAUACUCCAGAAAACAAUAUACAAAUAUUGGCAUGGUUUCAUGUUACUGUGACUUUUAAAUCAUUUAAUGGCAUCAGGCAGGAUUUUCAGCACCUGCUGAAAACAUUUUUGUUUAGACAUGCCUAUCCAGAAUGUUGACAUGUGUUUUUUUAGUUUACCAUUGGUUUUAAUUAUUAUUUGAAUGUUAUGAAUGGCUCUUUUAAACUGUGUUUUAUUGAUAUAUUUUUUUGUAAACCGCUUUGAGUUUUCUUUUUCUUUUUAUAGUCAAGUGGUUUAUACAUUUAAUGAUAUAAAGAAAUCUCAACAGGAUGCUGGUGGGGGCACCUUGGGAUGGGACGGCAGAUGACAGAAAAGGUGACGUUUACAAGUGCGUUGUGGGAGAGAAGAACAACUCAACGUGCGCCAAAGUCAACAUAGGUAGGUAAUGUCGUCAUUGCUGGGAAGUACUUGCCCUGCCUCUGCCCCAUCAGUUUCAGAACUCAUACUGUUGCUGGGAUUGGAUGGUUUAAAGGUUUUAUUCAGUAAGUUAGCACAGUGUCCCAAAAACGAGUCUAGAAGUUACAAGUUCAUGAGGCACAGCAGGUAAGCUAAGAUGUUGUUCCAAAAAUUGGGACACCCAAUGUCAGGGGCUAGACUGAAGAGAAAUGGUGGGAACUGCCUCCCCCUCCUGCACCUUCCCUAGAAGAGGAGGACAGUAUAGAUUUAGAUCAGUGGUUUGCAGAAGGUCAUAGUUCAGAGGCUGCAGGGGGGAGAAGCUGGGAAAUAUUGGGAGAGCAGCAGGGGAUAGACAGCUAACAGACUGAAGUGUCCCUUGAAAGCAUUCCUGACCCCCCCCUUCUCCCAGAACAAGGUGUGCCUUGAGAGUAAUAGAACAGAAAACUCAGAGGCAGAAAGCACAGAUCAGCCGGCGCAGGGGUGAUGUAGAAUAGGAGGGUCUGAGGGGGUGGGACUUUACUUGGAGCAACACCAUUAACUAAGAGAGACUGCAUUCCUUCGUCUCUCUCUGUGAAUAUUGAAUAAACUACUUGGUAAGAAUUCUUUGUGUUUUUCCGCUUCUUGGCAUCCCACCGUGAGAGGAAUAGGAUUCCCUGAAGCCUUGACAUACACGCUGUGUAUGCACUGAGUGGGCAGUGACUGGUCCAAAGUCUCCAUGAGGGUUAAGCACGCAUGGUCUGUUCAUGCUGGCACUGUGUCCCUGGAUUCAUAGACUCAUAGAAUUGUGGAAUUGGAAGGGAGAUGGAGCAGAGACAGCAGGACCAGCUCACUGUUGGAUUUAUCGUCAGGUUCCUUGAUUUAGGGCUUGUUGUACCCUUCUGUGACCAUCCUUAAUAAAUAAAUAAAUCGGGUGUGAUCCUGAGUCUUGCAGCAGAAUUCAUGGAGGGUUUGGGGGAGGCAAGGGCAGGCAUACAUCACGGAGGAGGGUUUUAAUGUGCAGGGUAGCUAUUACCUCUCAUUCCACUCCCAGCCAUGAUCUGAUGCAAGGCUCAUAUUUUUGUAUGUGUCCCCCCCCCCUUCCACUUCCUCUUCUUACUUCUCUUCCUCCCCCACCCUCUUGCUGGCCUCUUGUGAACUAAAAUUAGGUGACAUGGCCCUGCAGAACAACUCCAGGCAAAUCAAAAACAUGCAUUUUGGAAUGUCGCUUGUGGCCAACAAAGAUGACGGGUUUGUGGUGAGCAAUAUUUGUGGUGUCUUUUUCUGUAUUUAAAUUGAAAACACAAACAGAGACAGAUGUACAAAAAUGAGAUCUAGGAAAGGCUGCUAUUAUUUCAAUGGAAGCCAGGUGAACCAUAAGGCUAGGGUCCCCAACAUGGCCCCAUAUUUUAUUUCUAAAAUGAAGUUCGUUUGUUUGAAAGAGGGGGUGUCUGCCAUUUUGGUCUGUCUUUCAUUUAUUUUGGUAUGUGUGUGGUAUGUGUAUUUUGCCCUUUGGGGGAUAGAUUCACAUGCAUCUGGGGCAUCAGUUUAUAUAUGAUAUCUCCAUCAGUCGUCAGUCAAGAGGCCGGUCCCAUUCCUUGGAUACAAUGCUUCAAGCACUGAAUUUGUGGUAGCCGGAGGGUUUUGCAACCUGGCUUUGCAAAAAACAUUUUGUCAUUUUUACCAAAGAUAAUGAAAAGACAUAGAACAGUUCAUUUACUAGGGAAGAAAGAAGUGCAUGCAUGCAUCCUGCAAACAGGAUGCAGGGUGUGUUUUGGAAAAGCAGAGUGAAGAAACGAAAAUUAGGGAUUUUGAUGGUACUGUUCCCAUUCACCCCACCUCCAGUCUCAGCAAAGCCCCUAUGUCUUUUAGGAGCCGUGUGGUGUGCUGAAAAUCAACAGGCAAGGCAAUUCAGUAGCAGAAUGGAGCAAGAUUGACAAAAAUGUUGCCUUGGGUAUAGUCAGGAUCUAUUUAUAUUUUUUAAAGUAGUGUAUUUCAAGGAUACUUAUUGUGGUUAUUUUGUCGUGUCUCAUGAUAGCUACGGCAAUUUUAUUGUCACAUGCCUAACAACAAGCUCGUUGUUGUCAAUGGACAAACAACCCAUUUAAUUCCUACUAAGCAAGGGGAUUUAAUGUGUAGGAGGGUCGUGGCCUUGAAAACGAGAAACCGGCAACCUGGGAGAACCAUUGUGCAGAGUCUGAAACGUGGCCCCUGAUGGAAAGGCAGAGAUUGUGAAAGCUCUGCUUGUCGUGUUUCUGCCUGCCAAAGACUUGCAAGUAACAGCGGGGUCGGGGGCCCCUUCUUUAAUGGAGGUGUGCCUGUAAAGAUCACAGCUGCAGCCAACGAUGGCACACCCAAAGGAGCUUAAUUCCUUCCCUGAACAGCUGGCCAGGGAGGCUGUGGCUGGUAUCUAGGGCAGCUUGGCUGGGCGUUCCCUGCAAGCAGAGGAGGCCGUUAGCUGCUGCUUGGCUGGCUGGCAUUUUUGUGGUGAGGCUCUUGUUUACUCUCAAAGCCCGCCUGAGCAUCUGUUUGAAGCUGGCCUGAGGGCAGCGAGGCCCCGAAAGCGGCUUGAGCAGGACAGCCUUUCAAACAGCAAAUGAACACAGGGGAGCUGCAGUUGUUGGUAAUGGGGCUGAGUCCCCAGCUCUGACAAGGGUUCCUGAGAUGGGAGCUGUGAACAAAUGGAAUGAAUAACUAAAUAUUCAAAAGUUUUGCACUGGAAAACUUGGAAUUCUACAGCCUGUAUAAUGAAUUACACAUGUGCCAGCUGUCCCACUUUAUCGGGGACAAGCUCUGUCUUUUAAUCCGUGUCACUGGUGCAAGAAUUGGCCUUUAAACCAGAAAUUCCCAAACCUGUUUGGGCUAUCUCACCUUUGGUUCCCUAAACUCAACCCUGGUAUCCCCUACUCCAUAAAAGAUAAACAUCAUUCACUAAGGAAGGCGAUAACACAAUAAAAUUCAAAACAGUAACAAUUAGGGCUCAUCCAAACUUGCUUUUGUGCCACGAAACAGCUCUGCGCUUUAAAGUGGAAAACCCAAAUUGCCACUUAUUCUGAUUCAGUGGGUUUUCAUGAAGAAAGCGCCGGGUGUGGGUGUGUUCAGACACAGUACUUUAAAGCACAGACCUGUGCCUAGGAAGCACAGGGCAAAAGGUAAUUGUGGAUGAGCCCUUAGUUGCGCAUUUAUUCAAAACCCAGUUAAAACUAUUUACCAUAUUUUUCCGUCUAUAAGAUGCCCCCAUGUAUAAGACGCCCCCUAUUUUGGGGGACUUUGAUUUAAGAAAAUGGGGGGAGAUACUAUCCGUGAAUAAGACGAGCCCAGAUUUUGAAUAUUAUUUUAGAGUAAAAAAAUAUAGUCUUAUACACGGAAAGUCGGGACGCGGGUGGCGCUGUGGGUUAAACCACAGAGCCUAGGACUUGCCGAUCAGAAGGUUGGCAGUUGGAAUCCCCGCGACGGGGUGAGCUCUCAUUGCUCGGUCCCUGCUCCUGCCAACCUAGCAGUUUGAAAGCACGUCAAAGUGCAAGUAGAUAAAUAGGUACCGCUCCGGUGGGAAGGUAAACGGCGUUUCCGUGCGCUGCUCUGGUUUGCCAGAGGCGGCUUAGUCAUGCUGGCCACAUGACCCAGAAGCUGUACGCCAGCUCCCUCGGCUAAUAAAGCGAGAUAAGUGCCACAACCCUAGAGUCGGUCACGACUGGACCUAAUGGUCAGGGGUCCCUUUACCUAUACAGUGGUACCUUGGGUUACAUACGCUUCAGGUUACAUACGCUUCAGGUUACAGACUCCGCUAACCCAGAAAUAUUGCUUCAGGUUAAGAACUUUGCUUCAGGAUGAGAACAGAAAUCAUGCUCUGGUGGCAUGGCAGCAGCAGGAGGCCCCAUUAGCUAAAGUGGUGCUUCAGGUUAAGAACAGUUUCAGGUUAAGUACGGACCUCCGGAACGAAUUAAGUACUUAACCCGAGGUACCACUAUACACGGAAAAGUAUGGUAGUUUAAUUAAUUCAGCAAGAUGGAUUAACUUGAUCCAGUGAUACCACCUUUUCAAAGUCUGAGAGUCAUUGACACCUCCAGCGCCCCCCAUGCCCCCUUGCCUCUUAGCUCCCCCCAGGUAAUCCCCACUGCCCACAGGGGGCAGUACCACCCACUUUUAACCCUUCCUGAUUGUACCCAAAACUCUCUCAGAUUCUGAACAUGCUAAGAAUUGUCUGGCAAAAGAGAACAGGAAGCUGCCAGACCAUUGGUCUAUCUAGCUCAGUAAAGUCUAGCGGCAACACUCCACUUAAACCAGUUUGCGUCUCCUCUCCAGUGUGGCUGGGCAGGUUCUUAUGUCUGGUUCUCUUGACAGGCUUGUGCUCCCCUGUGGUCCCAGGAAUGUGGCACGUCCAUGUUCAGCACUGGGAUUUGCACCAGCGUGGACGAGAACUUCCGCCUGACGGAAAACAUCGCCCCAACAGCUCAGAGUAAGUUUUGGUGUCCUGCAUGGUGUGUCAGAUUUCUAAAGCGGCCAGCAUUGAGGGCCUCUGCUGGAAACCCUUCUCUCUGCUCCCAAGUCCCUCAGAAAUAGUUGUGUCGGUCCAGGAGAAAGGGAAUUGCCACUUCGAACAUGUUCAGAAGUCCUCUGGGCUAGCCAAUAUGGCACCCUCCUGUUGUAGCAUUUAACAUAGCAGGUGAUGACAAGAAAGGCCUUUAUGUACCUGAAAUCCUGGAUAGAGUUGCUGCCUCCCAGAGUAGGCUGGUCUGAACAAGCAGUUUGACUGAAUAUAUAUGGCAGCUUCCUUUGUUAAAAGCUGUUGAGUGUUUUAAUGAUUUGAAAUGCAGAAACCGCUGUGAGCAUUUAAGUCCCCCCCAAGGUUAGCGUUUUCCUUCAGCCUGCAGGCCCAGGAGGACUCAUUGCAAUGAUUCCAUAUGACUCAGGCCUGAAAAGUCGUGCUGGGACAUCAGUCAUGCAUCGUGUGCCAAUGACUUUUCUCCAUGGACUAUCUGAGGUGGCAGCCUUAGGCCUCUGUUGAAUCACUUCAGGCUAGUGGGGCCGUGUGCCAUAUUUUACAGAGGGCAGACCCCUAUUUUAAGAGCGUGGCCUGGUCAAAAUCCAAUUUAGGAAUUUUGUAAAGGAAGAGAGGGGUGUGUAUAUGUUUGGAAGUUGCCCAUCCCCCAUAAAUGGGUCAUCUUGCUAGUCCCAGCUUUUUGGAGAAAAACAGGUAGCGCUGUGGGUUAAACCACUGAGCCUCGGACUUGCCGAUCAGAAGGUUGGCGGUUCGAAUCCCUGUGACGGGGUGAGCUCCCGUUGCUCGGUCCCUGCUCCUGCCACCUAGCAGUUCGAAAGCACGUCAAAGUGCAAGUAGAUAAAUAGGAACCGCUCCGGCGGGAAGGUAAACGGCGUUUCCGUGUGCUGCUCUGGUUCACCAGAAGCGGCUUAGUCAUGCUGGCCACAUGACCCGGAAGCUGUCGGCGGACAAACGCCGGCUCCCUCGGCCCAUAGAGCGAGAUGAGCGCCGCAACCCCAGAGUCGGUCAUGACUGGACCUAAUGGUCAGGGGUCCCUUUACCUUUACCUUUAUCCCCCCUGAAAAAACAACCCUUCUUUGCCAUUGCCUAACUUUCUGCCUUUUCAAUUUCAUACAGGAUGCUCAACUUACAUGGACAUAAUAAUUGUUCUGGAUGGUUCCAACAGCAUUUAUCCUUGGUACGAGGUGCAGAACUUUCUCAGCAACAUCCUUAGCAAAUUUUUCAUCGAUCCAGAGCAGAUCCAAGUGAGUUUGCUAUUUUGUUUGAAAUGACUUUUUAAAUAAUCAUCCAAACAUAUAUGAUGGAAAAAAUAUAAGUUAUUCGAAAUUGCAGUAUAGGCACGGCUACCUAUUCAUAUACUAAGCUACACUUCAAUCUAUAAAUUACAGUGGUACCUCGGGUUACAUACGCUUCAGGUUACAUACGCUUCAGGUUACACACUCCGCUAACCCAGAAAUAGUGCUUCAGGUUAAGAACUUUGCUUCAGGAUGAGAACAGAAAUCGGGCUCCAGCGGUGCGGCAGCAACAGGAGGCCCCAUUACCUAAAGUGGUGUCUCAGGUUAAGAACAGUUUCAGGUUAAGAACGGACCUCCGGAACGAAUUAAGUACUUAACCCGAGGUACCACUGUAUUGUUUCUUUCCAUUAUUUGUUAAAUUGUCAUUCUGCAGCUUCACACGGUCAAUUGCAAAACUGUCAGCUUCUAGCACUCAGUAAACAUAUGGGACCACUCAGUUCCACUCAUUUAACUCUCCUCUUGAUAACUUAGCUUCACAGUAACUUACUUAUUCUAAAUCAGCUUUCACAGGGCAAAAUCACUGUGGAGAAAAUCUGCUUUUAUAAGGCAACAUCACUGUUGCAAACUGGAGAUUUGAUGUGUGGGGGGUGGUUCUAGAGGAUUCUGUGCUUGCUGGUCUGAUGGGAGUUGAAAUCCAAAACAUCUGGAGGGCAGCAGGUCAGGAAAGGCCAGUAUACAGUGUGACUUGUUUUAAAAGGGGCAGAGGGUUGAGAGCCACCCAAGACAUCCCUGCGAGAGUCUGCUUGGCUUCCUCCCCACAUCCUCCGGCUAUGUUGGCUGAGGAAACGCUUAGACACUCUGUUUGGACCGUUUCCCUGACUCACGCAUGAUGAGAAGGAAGCUGUGCUGGGCCAAAGCCAAGGGCAAGGCAUUAUUACCAUCAACACCACUAGUCAUUAUUAUUGGUAUUCUUACACCCUAUAUUUUUCUAGGCACCGGAGAUUAAGAAAGCAACAUAGUCCUACUCACAAGUUUAUAGUCUAAUGGGCAGGGAUGCUGUUCCAAAGGGCAGGGGUAGCCACACUAAAAGCCCUGCUCUGAGUUCACCGCAGAGCAGGCUUCUGAGAUCUUUGGAUCUUGCAAGAUAAACUCUCCCGCAGACUGUUGCCAUCUGCUGGGUGUAUAAGGGAUAAGCCUCAAGUAAGCUGGACCAGAAGUGUAUGUUACAUGUUCGUGACAACACCAUGAACUUGGCCAGAUAGUAAAUUGGCAGCCAGAACAAAUCCUGCAAGAAAAGGUCUUACGUUUCAGAAUGUAAACUCAGAAUAUCCACUGCUAUACUCAAGUGUCAGAGGACCUAGAUUUCGCUGACCCAGAUUAUGAUGGUGGCAAUCUGCCGCUUCUAGUAAUUUUAAAAUUUUGACCGUAUUUAACUUGUUGCCAUUAAGCAAUGCUCACCUUUUUGAAGGCUAGGUUGCAUAUAAAUAUUAUACCCCAUAUGAAGAGUUUGGGAAAACUAUUUUGUGUGUGUGUGUGUGUGUGUGUGUGUGUGUGUAAUGCAUUUGUUCAGAUGGCUGGUCUUAACAACAGCCAUCAUUUGAUAUUUAAGCUACGGAAUGUCAAGUUUAUGUAUAAUAAUUCAGCUCUGAAACAUAAGGAAACCUUGGCAUGCAAAGCCACCUUCUCAGUUAUAUAUCCACUACUGUUUCUGAGCAGAAUUUUAACUUUUAAUAACUCAAUUACACUACACAUAAUAACGUAAAAAGAACCUUUCUGGAUGAGACCAUUGGCCCAUCGAGCCCAGCAUCCUGUUCUCACAGUGGCCAACCAAAUACCUGUGGGAAACCUUCAGGCAGGAUCCAAGCACAAGAGCAACUCUCCCCUCCUGCAGUUUCCUCCUGCAGUUUGCCUCCGACUGUGGAGACAGAGCAUAGCCAUCCUGGCUAGUGGCCAUUGAUAGCCUUAUUCUCCAUGAAUUUGUCUAAUCCUCUUUAAAGCCAUCUAAGAUAAGGACCGUCAUGCCCUCCUGCAGGAGGAUUUUCGUAGUUUAACUAUGCGCCGUCUAAAAAAAUCCUUUCUUUUUUCUGUCCUGAGCCUUUCAACAUUCAGCUUCCAUGAAUUCUAGCAUUGUGAGAGAGGGAGAAAAUCUCCAGAAUUGACAAGGAACUGUGCCAGGGUCUCCUCCACUUCAUCCAUGCAAAAACUUAAAUUGCCCCAACUUUUAAUUAAUUCAAAAAAAGGGGAAACCGUAAAUUAAAUGGAAUGUGCCCCUAAUGGCCAUGUGUGACUCUCAGAGUGUGGCCACGUUCUGGAGUUCACCCCUAAUCACUUUAUUUCUCCGUGGCCGGUUAGCAGCACGUGCUGGGGUAUCGCUUGACCUUUUUCCCCAUCUCCGUUGCUGCUGCAGGAUGGAGCCUGUGCCAGGGCAGAGGCGUGGGACGUUUGAAAACCCCAGCCUGUGGAAAACAGGAAGCUUAAAGAAAACAGGGAGAGGGAGGGAAGGGGACCUGGUUCUGUGUGGGCUCAUUGUGAGCGGCAGAGGGGCUCUCUGCUGAGUCAGCAGGAGCGCGAAAACCUUCUCCGAGGCUAAGGAAGGGUUGGCAAGAAGGGGAGCGGAUGACAGUUCCCCAAGCAAAACACACCUUUUGUUGUUGCAGAUGUUUCGGACUCCAACUCCCAGAAGCUCUGCUAGUCAGCAUGGCCAAUAGCCUGGGGAGAUGGGAUCUGUAGUUCAGGGACAUCUGGUGGGCUGGGGGGAGGGGAGAAAAUUCCCUUUGGGGUUCAGUACAGAGGCUCACAUCAAAUUCUCUUUUUAAAUUUUUUCCUUAUAUAUAUUUUUUAUUAAAUUUUCCAUUUUACAGUUUAAAAUACUCAUUUAAACCUCCUUAAAAGAUCAGUGACUUCCCUUCUUCUCUUUCCGUGGUUCAUUUUGCAUAUCAUAAAUCCCUGCAUAUUUUACAAAAACUAAGCCAUUCAGUAUUCUAUUAUUACAUCCAUCAAAACUUAUUUACACUGUUGAAUUUAUCUUAAUGCUGCCAACGUUUUCAAGUGUAUACAAUUUCCCCCCAUAUAUUCAAUAAGGGUCUUCUUACUGUCUUAUUCUGUAUGUUAAAUCUGCAGGUUGCGCAUAUUCUGCCAGCUUAAGUUGCCAUUCUUCUUUAGUUGGGACUUCGCUUGUUUUUCUGUUUUUGGGCUAGCAAAACAUGAGCCGCAGUAGUGGCAUACAUAAAUAACAUUUUUUCCUUUUUUUUUGGCUCACACAAAGUUCUCAGUUAGUCAGAAUUAUUCAGAAUUGCAUUACAGGAUAGAAUCCAAAAUAGCCUGUGGAAGCAUUUCCAUUAGCACACAUCCUAGAUGGGCAAAAUACAUGUCAUCUUCGCCGGUUAUUUUCCAGUCAACCAACCUUCUGCCGCCUGAGUACCACACUAUCUGUUCUUCCAAUCACAGUCCUUGAAAACACUUCCUCAAGUUUUUUGCUGUACGUGCAAAGCCCUCUAUCUAGAGUUGUUUUUCACUCUUAACAGUCAGUGUUAGGUUUCCUCCUGAAUCCAGUUUUGUGGCCAGACAGCCCUCUUACGUAGUAACACUAGUCUUACUGAGUUUUGCAGAAUUUCUACCUCACCCUGCCCCUUGCAGUUUCCCCCUCUUUGCCCUCUCCACUGGGUCACACUCACGGCCAGGUAGCUUGUAGCAGCUGCUCUCCUUUAUAAUAAUAUCAUGCUUAUCAUUCAUGUAGCAUGAAUGCUUAUCACUUAUGAAGCUCUUUCACAUUUUACUUGGUGAUCCUUACUGCAGUCUUGACCCUUAACUGCAGUAUAAUUAUUAGCUCCGAAACAUAAUAAUGCACACACAGACAUACAUAUAACACAGAUAUUUUAUUAUUCUUUCAUUUAUGUCCCACCCUUUUCUCCAAGGAGCUCAGGGUAGUGUAGAUGGUUGCCCACCCCACAUUUAUUUCCCACAACAACCCUGCGAGUUAGGUUUCCAGGGGACAACGUAGAAAAGAUAGAUUUGUAGAGGUCUGGCUUUAUUUUAUUACAUAUGUCAAUAAGCAAUAACAUGGUCUGUCCCCUCUCUCUGCUUAUCAAUGGAUUUGGUUGAUCCAAUACUAUAGGAUGCAAUUCCUCUUUAAGAUUCUUUCCACCCACAGCAUGCAUGGUUUUAUUUUAUUCUAUGUUUAAAAUCCUCCUUAUCUUUAUAUUUUGAAUUAUGCCAGCCUGGUGUCUAUUUCUUUUUCUUAACCCAAUGAUGUGUUCUCUUUCAGUCACUUUUCUUGCUUUCUUUGUAAUAAUAAAAAGGAAAAAGGAAAAAAAAAACCCAAGCAAAUCUUUCUCUCCUUGUAGGUUGGGGUAUUGCAGUACAGCGAGGUUGCUGUCCACGAAUGGACUCUGAAGGAUUACCAAACAGCAGAGGAGGUCAUUGAAGCCGCCAAAAACAUCAGCCGCCAGGAGGGGCUCGAAACUAGGACAGCGUCUGCCAUCCACAAAGCCUGGUGUGUGUUUGUGUGUGUGUGUGUCUCUUGAUCCUGACAGAGACAGACAAGCAGGAGCCCAGCUCACGUCGAAAGAGGCAUUUUGCAAAGAAGCAAGUGGCUUUAUUGGGGUGUGUGUGUUGUGUUUUGAAUGAGCUCCGAUGGUCUGGUAUGUAUGGACGCAGCGUCUCUCAGCCUGUCCUACGUCACAGGGUUGUUGUGAGGAUACAACAACAACAACAACAACAAUAACAACAACAAUUUAUUUAUACCCCACCCAUCUGGCUGGGUUUCCCCAGCCACUCUGGGUGGCUCACAACAGAAUAUUAAAAACAUGAUAAAACAUCAAUCAUUAAAAACUUCCCUAAACAGGGUUGUAUUCAGAUGUCUUCUAAAAGUCACAUAGUUGUUUAUUUCCAUGAUGGGAGGGCAUUUCACAGGGUGGGCUCCACCACCAAGAAGGCUUUCUGCCUGGUUCCCUGUAGCCUCACUUCUCACAGUGGGGGAACCGCCAGAAGGCCCUCAGAGCUGGACCUCAGUGUCUGAGAUGAACGAUGGGGGUGGAGAUGCUCCUUCAGGCAUACUGGGCCGAGGUCAUUUAGGGCUUUAAAGGCCAGCACCAACACUUUGAAUUAUUCUCAGAAAUGUACUGGGAGCCAAUGUAGGUCUUUCAGGACUGGUGUUAUAGAGCCUUGUGCGGCACCUUGGAGGAAAGAUGGGAAGGAAAAGCAGCAAGUAAAUAAAUAAGUUCUCCUGCAUUUCAGCAUGGUUUGUGCAGGAGAACAUCCUGGCAGGUGGUGCUCUGGUGAGUCGGAUCUGUUAGGCUUCCAUUGGUGCUGGUCUGAAUGGCACACAAAAUCUUGCCUACUGCCAGCGUCUCCAAGAAAUGCCAUUCUCAGAACAGGAGCGCAUCAUUGUUAUUUUCCCUCCUCACCUCUUGUUUCUCUCUUCAGCACAGAGGCCUUUAGCCCAGAAAGAGGCGGGAGAGAGGGAGCCACCAAGCUGAUGAUUGUGGUGACUGACGGGGAGUCCCACGAUGGCGAAGAACUCCAAGACGCCCUGGAAGAGUGUGAGAAACGGAACGUGACACGCUACGCCAUUGCAGUGAGCAUGCGCUGGUGCCAGGAGGCUUUUGGGUGGCGGCAGUGAUGUGGGUGUGCAUGCGUGUGAAAAAGAGAAGGAGCAAGGGCUGAGAGAGGUGCCAUGUGAAAAAGAGUUCAAAGCAGGUUCUUCUGCCAUGAUUCCACGUCUAGCUUCCUUCCGCCUUGACAGAUAAUAAGGGCUUCAUUACUAAAUGGUUUCAGUACUAAAUUUAAUAUUGGUUCAUUCCAACUUGCAUAUGAAGGAGCUGCAAAUUUAUAUAUUUAAUGAUUUCAGUGUGAAAGAGGCGGAAGUUGACAUGCUCUUCUGAGAUAACUAGCAGAAUCUAUUGCUUGAAUCCUUUUGUAUUGCUCUCUCUUGGUCCCCACUAUUGUAUUCAUCCCCCACCCACCCAAAUAUUUUCAGGUGAGUUUCAAGUAGGGAGGUAAGAAGGGCAUUGCUUUCUGUCUCACCCUGUGUUCCUCCCAUGCAGCCCUUGCUUCUGUUCUCCUGCAGUCCACCCUUUUCUAAAAACAACAUUAUUCAUCUCGCUUUCCACCAUGGCGACAUAAAUUACGUUAUUCCACCUCAUUAAUUUCAGUGCAGAGGAAGCACAAUGCAAAUGGUGGUGGUGAGGGAAAUGUAACCAACUGCAAAUUGUUUGUGGACUGAAAUCAACAACAACAGUGAAUACCAGUCAUAUCUGCUGGAUUGAUUCCCGUUCCAGACAUUAAACAAAUAAGCAAACGUGGGCAAUUUUCUGCUCCCGUUUCCAUUUUCUGCGGAAUUCUCUUACACCCUUAGUUGUCAUAAUGUGUCAUAAUGAGCACUUUUUGCACCUCAAACUUUUUUUGAAAAAUGGCUUUUGUUCCCUCAGGUGUUGGGGCACUACAUUCGGCGGCAGAAAGACCCAGACUCUUUUAUCAACGAGAUUAAAUACAUUGCCAGCGACCCUGAUGAGAAGUAUUUCUUCAACGUGACCGAUGAGGCGGCCCUGAACGAUAUUGUGGAUGCCUUAGGGGACAGGAUAUUUAGCCUUGAAGGUUCGAGAAGGGGGAGUGUGGAAAAGGGGGGAGGCUACCACCAGAUUCCCUGUGGUUUAUGAAAGUUAAACAAAAUGGAGUGCAGAAGAAGUGUUAGUAGGAAGCUCUCUAACACCUCCUUCAUAACAAGCUCCCAGCUGACUUUGUAAACUUCAGUAUGAGUGGGGCACAGUCCUGGCUCAAACCUUAAGGGCCCUCAGCACUGGGGCCCUCUUCUGCACUAAUAGCGCCCCCUGUUGGGCUUACACGGUAGUGGCCACAGUCAGUGUCGGGUGACCCUUCAUUUUAAUUUCCCGCAGUGCCCUAGAGCAACAGAACAUUGGGAGCACUGUGGAGGAAUUAAAAUAGUGCCUUCCUUUGCCAAAAGCUGUGUGGUGACACCAGACAAGCAAUGGGCACAAGAUUCUCUGCUGAGGGAGAUUUGGGUAAAUCUCAUAAAGGGGGGCAUUUGUAAUGGAGAAUUGGCAGGGCAGAUUAAGCCCCUUCCCUCCCUCCCUGUCAGUGCUCACCUGCUAUUUCAGCAAACAGAGCACAUCUUGUUCAUUUAUCAAUCUGCCUACUAUAUUUAUCUUACUACUUUGUUGCUUUUCUGCUAAAAUAAAUACCCAAAGAGGUGUGCAACUAUUAACAGAUUUCUUCUUCCCCCCCCCUUCUCCUCAGGGACCCGUGAAUACAGCUCAUUUGAGUUGGAAAUGUCUCAGAUUGGCUUCUCUAUGCACCUCCUUGAGGUAAGAAGAUACAUUGUGGUGCAAAGUGUGGUUCUCAAACCUUCCCUCAUGGACCAUAUGAAAAUUGCAGAGGUUCUUGGCCUCGCCACUUAAGGAUUGUUCUGCCUGUUUGUAGCUUUUGUAAUGCUGUAUGACUUCUAUUUGUAAUGUUAUGGGCUUCAGAGGGUUCAGUCUGGAUGACCCCUUAAGAUCCUUUCCAAACCUGGGAUCCGGUGUAUCAAAGGCUAGAGUCUAUAGAAGAAAGCUGACUGAAGUGAGCAGGCCAGUUCCCAUGUCAAGAUAAAGGCCUUAGCUAAUCAGCUAAGUGCCCGUCAUUUGCAUCUUCAAGGAGUGAGCUCUGUUUCCAUAGAGACAAAUAGUGAGACUUGUCUCACUUCACCAGGCUGGAUACCUCAGCAUCCUAGGAAUGAUAGGACAAAGCAGGGAGUUGUGGGUGAGAGUUUGGCUGGUGCUGGAAGCUGGAUACACAGAGAUGUGUGUGCUCUGUGUUGGAUUUGGGCCUUCCCUUGAAAUCUAAUAGGAAAGCAGGAUCUCUUGGGGUACGAAUGCUGUGAGCCUCUCCAUCCUCCAUGCUCAGGUUGUAUAAAUGUGUAAAUACAAUCAUAUACACUAACGACACCACAGUCUCCAUUGUUGACCUUCAAUCCAAGACAGCCAAACCCUGGUUAAGCAGGCACCAUUAUUUUUUACAGAGCUCUGAAUUAAGUUCACGGGUCUCUCCGUUGGUCCACAGACCACAGUUUGGGAACCACAAAGGGUAAACUGACACGCCCAAGUUUAGCCAACGUGAUGUCUUCCUAAGGUAGUUGGACUUCAUCUCCCAUGAGCUCUUGCCCAGUGGCCAUUACUGCUUGGGGCUGAUGGGAGUCAUGGUGCAACAGCAUAUGGUACACCCCCUGCUGGCUACCUCUGGUAUCACUGCGUGAAAGGCAGGGGCAAAUGGUUUCGGCUGCAGUCUUACUUGUGUUGUCUGGCUGGACUGCUUAUGUAUCUGCUUGUUCCCUGGCAGGACGGGAUCCUCUUUGGCAUGGUAGGGGCAUAUGACUGGGAUGGCGCAGUCUUGAAGGAGAGCAGGAGUGGGCGGUUCAUCCCGCCAAGGGAGGCCUUUGAGAGGGAGUUCCCCCUGAGGCUGAAAAACCACGCAGCCUAUCUGGGUAAGGAAGGAUGCCGCUUCCCAUUAUACAGGGAGGGAAAGAGUGGAGACCCACAAAGGGCACAAAGAUAAAAUCAGACCACCUGCAGGAUCAGGCCAGAGGUCCUUCUAGCGCAACAUCAUAGAGGCCUCUGGGAAGUCCACAAGGAGAUCAGAAAGCCAGUAGUCCUCCCCUGGUAUCCACAGGUAGACUUGCCCUGUACAUGGAGGUUUCAUUUAAUAGUCAAGGCAGUUGGCAGGCCUGUUCUUCACCCCAUCUCCCCAGUUCUCAGUGGCUAUUUGUUUCCAAAAUCAAGGUGAUAAAAUGAUCCCAGCAUGUUUCAAGCACGGCUCCUGUUCAGAAUAGAAAACUAAAGUGAGAAUCAUUUGUUUUGUUUGUUUGUUAAACCACUGGCUUAUGUAGGAUGAAUAAAAGCAAGGCAGUCCUUUGCUUUCCCCUUUCACCAAGUGUGUGAGGCCAGUCAUUCCUUGUCCCAUUUUGCAGAAAGAAAAACUUAAGGCUGUGAGUGAAAAGCUAGCCAAUUAGUUCAGGGCAAAACAAGAGUCCGCACAGCUUUAUUAUUUCUCUCUCUCUUUUCCUUCCCCAGGAUACACAGUCUCUUCUAUCAAGCUCAGGAACGGGAAGGGGCUGUAUGUGGCUGGUGCCCCCCGCUUCAAGCACAAGGGGAAAGUGAUCCUGUUUGAGAUGAGCAGCGAUGGCAGCGUAACCAUUUCCCAGGCCCUUACUGGCGACCAAGUGAGUUUCGGGGCAGUGGAGAUGAUAGUAGCUGAUUUCUGGAGUGACAACUGCGUCCCUAGAAACUUUGUUCUUUCAUUCCCAAAUAUGUGUGCAGUUACUGAGAGAAGAGAGUAAAAGACAGUCUGUACAUGAUCAGAGACACUCCUCCCUUUCAUAUAACCUCACCUGCUGGCUAAGGCUGAGGCCCAGACUCAUUAUGGUGGGAGGAGGCAGGGGUUAGGGAUGCUGCUCCUUAGGGAAGGGAGAUGCAACCCUUCCACUAUCUUUGCAGGCACAACUAGAACUCGUGACACAGAACUUCAGGGUCCAAACAGAUGGAGGUGGUUUCCAGCACAAUUUAUAGCAGCCAAGGAUGGGUUGGGGGUGGUGGGGGUCAUUAUGGAUUGGGGACUGAACUGAAAUACCCUCUGCACCUGAAUGUAAAUACCUGAAUGUAUUGAUUUUUUUCUACAGCACCAUCUAUUCAGAUGAUGCUUUAUAAAGAGCAGGUGUUUGAAAACUCUGAAUUCCUCAAGAUUCAGAGUCUUGCCUGACCACACACACACACACACACACACACACACACACACACAAUAGAUAGAUAGAUAGAUGAUAGAUAGAUAGAUAGAUUAGAUGGAUAGAUAGCCAUGAAAUUGCCCCCUGGACCUCUGAGUUUACAUUUAGGUAUCUGGGGGUGCAUCUUUAUUUACUGAGAUCUGGAAACGUGCAAAAUCAGGCUUAAGAUGCAGGAUUGCUCUGAUGUCCAGUGCAGAAGAACUUGUGCAGUUCUGACAUAGCAGGUGGCGUCUUUCUCUGCAGAUUGGCUCCUACUUUGGCAGUGAAAUGUGCCCAGUGGACGUGAACGGAGAUGGAAUCACAGAUGUACUGCUGGUGGCUGCCCCCAUGUACCUGGGCCCACAGAACAAAGAGACAGGCCGCGUUUACAUCUACAAAGUGGGGCAGGUGAGUGGUGUUGUUUAGGUUUUUAAAAAAACUAUUUUUUUAAAAGGGUUUUCUAGAAACAGUUAGCAGGAAUACAGACAAUAGCAAUGGGAUACGACAAUGUCUCCAUCAUCUUACAUUAGCACGAUACAGCAGCAGCAGCAACAACUACUACUAUUUAUUUAUUUAUUUAUUUAUACAUCCCCCCCCCCCCCAAUCUGGCUGGGUUUUCCCAGCCACUCUGGGCGGUUCAAUAGAAUAUUAAACAGAAUGAAACAUCAAACAUUAAAACUUCCCUAACAUUUGAGUUUAUCCUGGCAAUGAAGUAGACAAGGAAGUGUUCCUCCAGGAAGUUCCCAGCCACUUUCAGUCACCUAACAGAUGAAUGGGUACCAAGUUUGAACAACUUUAUUAGGCCUACUCCUCUGGCUCUCCUGCAUUCUUGAGUAAGCUAAUUGCCAAACUCUCUCCUCCCAAGUGUUAACAGGAAGGCUGACCACUCCCUUCCAAGCCAUGCCAUUUCCAGUCUGGCCUCUGCUGAGCAAAGAAAUACCGUAUUUUUCGCUCUAUAAGAUGCACUAGACCACAAGACACACCUAGUUUUUGGAGGAGGAAAACAAGAAAAAAAAAUUCUGAAUUUCAGAAGCCAGAACAGCAAGAGGGAUCCCUCUUGCUGUUCUGGCUUCUGUGAUAGCUGCACAGCCUGCAUUCGCUCCAUAAGACGCACACACAUUUUCCCUUACUUUUCACAUGGAAGAGGUGCUUACAAAGCCAGUAAAUUUCAAGCUCUUCUGACACAUGACCCUCCUGGAACCUCAUCCUGCAACAAAAAGUGCAACACCUGUAUUGCGGCACUCAGCCUUCCCCAACCUGAUGCCUUCCCUCCCAGGUGUUUUGGACUACAACUCCCAUCAGCCCCUGCUAGAAUGGCCAGUGGUCAGGGAUGAUGGGAGCCAUUGUCCAAAGCAUUGCAGUGUUUUUGUUGGCUGAGCAUAGGUCCAGUACUUUGCUGAGAACUCGCUUUCCAGGAUCUGAGGCAUAAAAGGUUCUUUCUCAUCAGCUGCUAUCUGAGAUCCUCUAAACUGGAGAUGCCCCGGUUGAAACUGGGACCUUCUGCAUGUGCUUCAGUCCUGAGCCUUCCUCACAGUUCUUCAGGGCACACCAUUGUGGAGGAGGGGGUUUUCUAUCCUGAAGCCAAUGCCCAAUGGCUCCACUGUGCCUCCCAUUUUAACCUUUCUCCCUCUUCUGAAGUUGCUUGUGUCUUUCAACGGGACCCUCCAUGCCGACCCGAAACCUCAAGACGCUCGUUUUGGCUACUCCCUCCUGGCUGUCCCUGACCUUAAUCACGACAGCUACAAUGACGUUGUGGUGGGUGCGCCGCUGGAGGACAACCACCAGGGGGCAGUCUACAUCUAUCAUGGCUACCGCACCACGGUGCUGCCCCGCUUCAAACAGGUGAGUGGGAGCCAGUGUCUGGCUCCAGUGUUUGAGUGCUCCCCACUAUUCCAACAGCUCUUCCCACUAGGACAUUUCCCCCAGUGUUUAGCCAAAAUCGGUGCCCCUUGCCAUUUCCACCCCCAGGCCCUGUUCCUAUUCACUUCCGAUGAUCCGGGGGGCUUAAGAUGGCAUUUGCGUUUUCAGCAGGCAAAUCACACUGCUGGGUGAUGUUUAGCUCAUGUCCUUUCUAAGCUGUGCUCCUGCCAGGCCAAGUCUCCCUCCCUCAUCCUAAACAUGCACCUUCUAUUUUAUUUUAUUGCCACUAAACGCAGCGCUUCACAUUUGACUCUGUAGUAUCACAAGCUGUUUUAGGUUUCAGCUCCAACCUGUCAAUAUCAUUUUGAUUCUUUUUUGCCUUUGGUAAAUAACUAUUUAUUUCAUUUUUAACCAUGACAGGACACACAAAAAUAUAUCAACGAAAACCAAUAGCAAAAGAGAAGAGUAAAAUGUAAAAGAGAGAAAUGAGAAAGAAAACCAUAGAUAACAAAAUUAAGCAAUGUCCUCGUACCAUUUUGAUUUUUGAUUCUGAUUCUCUCACCGCACUAAGUUCAGGACAGAUAAAAGAAAAUCCAGCGCAUGGUUUAACUAUGGAACUCUCUGCCACAGGAGGCAGGGAUGGCUACCAACCUGGAUGACUUUAAAAGAGGAUUAGACAAAUUAAUGAAGGAGGGGGCUGUCAAUGGCUACUUGCCACGAGGGCUGUGCUCUUCCUCCUCUCUCGGAGGCAGUGAUGCUUCUGGAAACCACAGAAGGGGAGAGGGCUCUUGAGUUCAGGUCCCACUUGACGGCUUUCCAUUGGGGCAUCUGGUUGCUCACUGUGAGAACAAGUGGCUGGACUAGACGGGGUCUACUUCGGCCUGUUCCAGCAGGCUCUUAUGUUCUUAAGUACAUUUGGAACGACUGCAGUCAGGGCUCUUACAGAGCAGCCUCACUGAUUAAAACCAAACACCCCACAUUCUCCCCCCCCUUUUUCUUUUUGGAUUUGCAUUUUAUUUAUUUGUUAACAUUCUUAUAUUACAUCAGUAAACGUUGUCAUAUUACAUUACAGGACUUACUAUAAUAUAAUUUCCAACAUGUAUAAAAAAAUUAUAUACAAAUUUUAUAUACCAAGAAAGAUUAAACAAAAAAAAGAAAGAACAAAGAGAAAAAACAAAAACAACCCCCCCAAUCAUAUACAUACCAACACACUAGACUUCCUGUCUUUCCCAUUGUAUAUUCCUUUUUUGGAAAUGAACGUACUCUUAUUAUUGUAUAUUUCUUUACAUAUUAUCUAAUACAUUCCUAUAUCAAUAUGUGCUCUUAGUCUUAUUUCUCAACUCAGUCUCACUCCAAUGUCAAUCAAAUGCUAGGAUAGAUAGCAAACCUUUACUGUAUUUUUGAACAUAUGUUUUAUAUCUAUCCCACUUUUCCAUAAUUUUUUGUUUUGAAUUGCCUCUCAGGGUAUUUGUUAACUGCGCCAUAUCAGCAAAUUCUUGUAGCUUGUAAUGCCAGUCCGUUAUUGUCGGGGCUUCACACAUUCUGUGUGUCUUCAGCUUUUGAUUUGCUCUUUCCGACAGCGCAUUGAGUCGGCCGGCCUCCGCCGAGGCCUCCGCUACUUUGGCCGCAGCUUGGACGGGCAAAUCGAUUUGGAUGGGGAUGGCCUGGUGGACCUUGCCGUUGGAGCACAGGGUGCUGCGGUGGUCUUGAGGUGAGGAAAGCUGAAAGGUGGGAGGGAAUGAAGGCUGCACCCGGGCAGAGGGAACAUCAAGGUCAUUGAAGUGAGCUUCAUGGCUGAAUGGGAAUCUGAACACUGGUCUCUCCCCAGGGACUAGUCUGAUACUCUAACCGCUACACCACGCUGCCCCUCAAAGCAGUAUCAUACCACUUUAAACAAUCACAGUUUCCCCAAAGGAAACUGUAGUAUUUUAAGAGCUGUUGAAAGAUCCAUAUUUAGCAAUCAAUCCCUUUUCACUUUCACAGGGAACUCUGGGAAUUGUAGCUCUGUGAGGGGAAUAAGGGGUCUCCUAAUAACUCUCAGGAUUCUUUGCAUGGAGCCAUGACUGUUUAAAGUGAUACGAUAUUGCUUCAGACGUAUAGCGCAGACCUUAGGCCCAACUUUGGGAUUUUUUAUUUAUUUAACAAUAUCAUUUUCCUUCCUGCUGAGGGGGGCAGGUCAAGGAGGAUUGUGCAGGUCAACACUUCGGUCACUGCUAACCCUCCGUCCAUCAAUGUGAUUCAGAAGAACUGCCAGAGGAACAGAAAGGAGUCUCUUUGUGUGACGGCAAACAUCUGCUUCAGGGUGUCUUCCCGGUCUCUGGGCCCGAGGGACAGCCACUUCAGUGAGUAGCGCCCUCUUGGCAGGCGUGUUGUUGGGGGUGGGCAGGAUCUUCUCCACGGUGUCCUCUGGACUGUUUCUGGGCAGUUAAUGCAUUUGGAGAAAACUUGAAUUGGAGUGUUAUCUGGGUUGCAAGGCAGGAUCUUAAUUUGGGGACGGAAUAACUAAAUAUAAGGUAACUUUUAACUAGAGAUUAUUUACAGGAUAAUGAAUGGGGGCAAUGGAAGGGAAAUUGAUUUGCAAACAGGAUCAGUUGGAAAAUUAACUGGGGGUAAAUUAAUUAACGGGAAGCUGAUUGGGGGCAAUCUGCGGCAGGAGGCAGAUUUGUUGAAGAAUUUAUCCAGGGGGAUAUGGAUGAGAAAUCAGGCAGCUUGCCUUCUGUGAUACUUUAAAUCUAAACUCGUUUUUGUGCCUGUAGGCCUGUGCCCCUAAUCCAGGCAUAGGCAAACUCGGCAAUCCAGAUGUUUUGAGACUACAACUCCCAUCAUCCCUACAGGACCAGUGGUCAGGGAUGAUGGGAGUUAUAGUCCCAAAACAUCUGAAGGGCUGAGUUUACCUAUGCCUGCCCUAAUCUUAAACUACUUUGCAACACCUCUGGGCCAGCUCUUGAGGAGCCUUGCGAUUGGCUGUUGGCUGAUCACAUGACUGAAACUAGGCAUCACCAGCCUAGGACCCUCCAUAAGUUUCUGACUGCAGCUCCCACCAGCCCCAGCCCCCAUGGCCAGUGCCCAAGGAGGAUGGGAAAUGUAGUCCAAGGUUAGCAAAGGCUGGCUUUGCUUGACUCCACUCACUGCUUGGCCCUAGGUAUAAAGUACAACGUCUCCCUGGAUGACAGAAAAUUUGGGGCAAGGGCCGUCUUCGAUGGCAACUCCCAAAAGCUGCUGCAGAAGAGGACCCGGGCCACCGUGGGCAGGACAACCUGCUCGGCAGUCCGUUUCCACGUGAUUGUGAGUACAUUACAAGUGUGGGUGGGUCAGUUCUGACUCCGACUGAUGCAGAUAGAGACCCCAUGGGUCAUCUAGUCCAACCCCCUGCAAUGCAGGAAUCACCGCUAAAAUAUUCCAACCUCUGCUUAAAAACCACCAAGGUGCAUGGUGUUCUCCUGUUUUAAUCUCAGCAAUGCUGUGAAUCUUUACCAGGCCUGCUGUCUAAAGACAACCCUGGAUUUGUUUAUCCUUUGCAGGACACCUCCGAUUACCUGAGGCCGGUUGCAGUCCUGGUGAAGUUCGCACUGAAUGAUGCUGAGCCAGGCCCUGUGCUGGACGAUAAGUCACCCACCAGUGUUAAGAAAUUGGUGAGUAGCACAUGCACAGAUGCCCCUUUACCUGCUGCCCAUGCCGUUCUGCACGUCAAACCAGACCAUCUUUGCUGCAUGUCCUGCAAGACCUGCUUCCUGCUUUGCUAACCUGGGGGGUCAAGAUCAUUUUGGAGAUACUUAAUUCUUGCUAUUACUGAUAUUAUUAUUUUUGUAUUGUUACAAUUAGACCUUAUUAUGACCUACGUGGUAUUUGUAUAACUUUAUUGUAUAGUUACUGAAAUGAAUUUUUAAAAGGAUCUAAUGCAUAUAUGGCUGCUUUUAGAAACAGAGCAGCAUUCCCCCUUUAUGUACCUUGCUUGAGAACUAUAUAGUUGUGUAACCUAUUCAUAUAAGUUAAUCUGUUUUUGAAUCAUGAUUAAUUCAUAAUACAAUAUAAAAUUAAAAUAAGUUAAUAAGUUAAUAAUAUUGUGGAGAGGGGUUUGCAUCACACAGAAUCAUCCUGCCUCUUUCUUUCUCUUUAGAUCCCCUUCUUUAAGGAUUGUGGUGAAGACGAUGAGUGUAUAACAGAUCUGGUGUUGCGAGCUCAGAUGGACAUCACAGGAUCCAGGUAGGAAUUAGAGUGAAAGGUCCCUCUUUCACUACAUCAGGCCAAGCAAGUAGUUCAUCACCUUAGUUCAUCAGUCACUUGCUGGUCCUCCUGGCCCAGGACCCUGUUAAUCCAGUUCCUUCUUAACAGGUGGCAGGAGAUCUGUUGCAGAUGAUAACCAGCUUGAGAAUCAUUUGAUUGGGAGGCUGGGCAGAAAUCAAAACUCCUGCCCUCCUCACCUUUUGCAAGGCAGGCGUUUGCCAUCUCCUCUUCUCGUUCCAGGCAGAAGCCGCACGUGAUCCGCAAAGGGAAGCGGAAAGUCUUGGUGGAUGUCCUGCUGGAGAACAAGCAGGAGAACGCCUACAAUGCCAGUCUGUGGCUCUGGUUUUCCAGAAACCUCCACUUUUCCAGCCUCGUGCUCAAGGUAAGGCAGAGGCCCUGUUCCCGACUGGCGUUCUGCUGUGGUCAAAAGUGGUGGGCUGGAAGCAGAACGAAAUGAUUGCUAGGAUACUGAGGGUCACUCUCUGGCCAGGGACGAUGCUGACUCCAGGAGGACUGAGAGUUGCCAUAGCAUUCUGGAAAGAGAGGCUGUCACAUCUCUGAGGCUUAAAUGUCAUGGUGCCAACCUGAAAACUCCUGUGUGAAUCAUGCAGAUGUGCAUUUUUCACAUCAUUUAUUCUGCUUCUUCAUUUCUUCUUAUUGGGGGGCUGGGGGGGGACUUGAGCUCCAGAAAUUCAGCAGCUCCCCUCACUUCUGAGAUUGCACCAAGGAUUCAAGCUUUGUCUUCGCAGCCAACGGUGCUUUGUCACAAUCACACGGUCUAUGUGUAUGUUUUCUUUUUUAAAAAACAAAAGCAGAGAUUAUGCGACUGUUUACCAAAUCCUGCAGGUUUUCUGUAGCCCAGAAGGUAUACAACCCGGUCUCUGCAGCCCAAGGCUCUGUAAACACCUGUGCGAUAAGCAGAAAUUGAAUGGGCACAGUUUUCUCUAGCACAGAGGUGUAGCAACCUUACGCGUUGGAUCUCUGCCUCCCGUGAACCUUUUUGAAAGCUCUUGCCAGGAAAGCAAAAGGUGGAAACUCAAGUUGAGGAGGCUGGAUCCCAUUCCAUGUGCUUGAUGGUUCUCUCCUUUUGCAGCUUUGCUCUCUCCUUCCUUCCACAGGGGGAGAACUCAGUGAAGGUGGAAUGCACCUCCCCGUCUUCCCAAACCCGAGCUUGCCGUGUGGGCUACCCUGUCUUCAGGUCCUUAGCAAAGGUGAGAGAGAAAGAGCAGCUCUUCAGGAUCACCUUAGAGCGGGGCUCCUUGGAACAUUUCCUAGGUGAACAGUAUUCCAUUUUCUCACGUAGGAAAAAUAAAAUAAAAGACAGCUAAAGGAAGACAUGGGCUGUGUACUCGCUAUACACUUAAAGCACAUGACUGACCCCAAAGUAUCUUAGGAACUGUAGUUUACCUCCCGUGGAGCUACAAUUCCCAGCACUCUUAACAAACUACAAUUCCUAGAGUUCAUUGAGGGAAGCCAAUGUAUGGCACAUACCCAGCUGUGGUACAGAGUUUAUGAAUGGUGUAGAAAAAGCAGAUGCGGAAAUGUUUCUCUCUUUUCUCUCUUUCACAGGUAGCCUUUGUCCUGGAGUUUGAAUUCAGCUGCUCCACCCUUCUGAACAAAGCACAGGUGAAGCUCACAGCCAGCAGGUGAGAACCAGGGAAAGUCAGAAUGAAGGCCAUAGAUAUAGAUAUAUAGAUAUAUAGAUAUAUAUAUAGAUAUAUAGAUAUAUAUAUAUCAAUCACCACCUCUUUAGCUUUGUAUUUAUUUUUGAUUCAGAUUCAUCAUGGCCAGUGACUAGUACAAUACAGUUGUACCUUGGUUGUCAAACUUAAUCCGAUCUGGGAGUCCGUACGACUCCUGGCACCUUUCGACAACCGAGGCGUGGCUUCCGAUUGGCUGCAGGAGCUUCCUGCACUCAGUCAGAAGCCAUGUUGGAUGUUCAGCUUCCGAAAAAAAAUUUGCAAACCGAAACACUCACUUCUGGGUUUGUGGCGCUCGGGAGCUAAAACACCUGAGUACAAAGGCAUUCGAGAACCAAGGUACGACUGUAAAGUUAUUUGGCUUUGCAUUUGACCAACUAAAAGUUGUGUAGAGGAGGGUGGCCCUCAAAAUCAAGGGCCUCAAAACUGAGCCUAAAGAGGAAUGAUUGAGGAAGCUGAGGAUGCUUAGCUUGCAGAAGAGAAGACUAAGAGCUGAUAGGACAGCCAUGUUCAAAUAUCUGAAAGGCUGUCACAUGGGAGAUGGGGCAAGCUUGUUUUCUGCUGCUGCAGAGGACUAAUGAGUUCAAAUUACAAGGAAGAAAUUCUGACUAAACAGAAAGAAUAACUUUCUGACAGGACAGCUGCUUGACAGUGGUGGAUUCCCCUUCACUGGAUGUUUUUAAACAGAGCUUGGAUUGCCUUCUUUAUCUGAGAUUGCUGCAGCACAGGGGUUGGACUUGACGGUUUGGGUCCCUACUAGCCCAACAAUUCUAUGAUUCUAUUAUCUUUCCUGCAGUGACAGCCAUGAAUUGAAUGAGACCCUAACCGACAACAUGGCACAGCCCCUUGCCUAUAUCCGUUAUGAGCCCGACCUUUUGCUGACCAGGUGAGGACCUCUGUGUAGAGUGAGCUGCAUGCAGGUUGAAUAAGAGGAUGGAGCCCCCUCCUUGCAAGGUGUCCCUGGCAGGAUGAUUCAGCUCCCCCAGGGUGGAGAGUAAACCAAAUGUGAACACCAUCAUCACUUGGCUAAUUCAGUCCAAUGGCUACCUUUUAUCUCUGUUGACAUUUGAGGCUCCGGUUCCUCAUGCAGGGAUGCUUUCAGUUCUGACGCAACUCCCCAAAAGGACUACCCUGGCCUGUCUUAAUACUUAGAUUAUCCUUCUAACUGUUGGCUGGCAAGGAAAAAAAUAGGCGCGUAAAGGAGAAUUCCCUGGAUGGCAAUAUCCAAGUUUGGGGCAAGUACUCUUUUGCGAGAGAACCCCUGCAGAGAUGUAAAAUCACAAGAUAUGCAGCAAAGUAUAGGCUGUUUGUUUAAAGGUCUAAUAUGCCCUCCUAAGUUCCAAAACUCCCCUCUUCCCUUAGCAUAGAAAAAGACCACGUUUGGUAAGUUAACAAUGGUUUACUUACAAACUCUUCAAAGGUCAGAUUCAUGUGUUUUCCCAUACAGCGUUGAGAAAACACAGACAGCAAAACUUUGGUAGGUUAGUUUCAAAGUGGUGAAAGUCCCUAAAUUAUUUGUAUAGGAACACAAGGGUGGCUUGCAGAAAGGUCUGAGCUGGGAGCCACCAGUUCCUCUUUACACAUAGGAGUUCACAUGGUAGACUGAGGGAAAUAGUAGACUUGACUUCCUUCCUCUCAAGAUGAAGGGGAGUGACUUAGCUAAGCCUGGCAGGACAGCUUACUCUGUGGCAUAAACCCCUUCAUCCAUUAAUUAGACUUAAGCAUUUUGGUUAUAUGAGACUGGUUAUCCGACACUAAUUUAUCCUACAUUACUUACCUUAGAUGGGUGGGCUGAACUUGACAACCUUUUGAGUUUCAUUAUCUCUAAACAUCCCACGGCACUUAUUGUCAUUAUGGGUGGUCUGAAUACGAGGAUUGGUGAUGACAUCUCUAGGCCUCCCAUUUUCAUAAUAUAUAGAUUGGGAAGAUCUCUUCCUUUUGGAGUAUCCCUCCACGGAUAGCUGCCUGAACCAUCAAGGGAUAUUGGAAUGGAUAUGGAGUUUGGAAAGAAAUGAAGUUACAAUUGAUCUACAUGGCCUACCUUCCAGGGGGAGAAACAGGUGCUAUUAAAGGGUGUCAAUUUAUAAAUACUGUAUUUAUUUAUACCAUUUAUAUCCCACUUUUUUCUUCAUGGAGCUCAAGGUGGCUCACAUGGUUCUCCCCCUCCUCAUUUAAUCCCCACAACAACCCUGUGAGGUAGGUUAGCCUGAGAGUAACUGGCCCAACAUCACCCAGCGAGGUUCAUGGCUGAGUGGGGAUUCGAACCCUGGUCUGACACUCUUAAGUGCUAUAUCACCGUAGGAGAUGAGACUAGGUGGACGGUACAGUCAUACCUCGGGUUGAAGUAGCUUCGGGUUGAGCAUUUUUGGAUUGUGCUCCGUGGCGUCCCAGAAGUAACAGAGCAUGUUACUUCCGGGUUUCGCUGCUCGCGCAGACGCUCAAAAUGACGCAUGCGUGGAAGCGGCGAAUUGCGGCACGUGCAGAUGCAGGUUGCGUUCGCUUCAGGAUGCGAACGGGGCUCCGGAAUGGAUCCUGUUCGCAUCCAGAGGUACCACUCUAUAUGGAUCUUCUUCUUCAGGCAACAAAAGGCCUUGGGUCAUCUCUGUAGAGUGUGCAGUAAGCAAACAAUCUGGGUUAUUUGCAAUGGUUGCCAUGGAGAAAUUGGAAACUGCGGCCUACACAAUCUAGAACUGACCUGGUUUAUUUUCUAUGGUUCUUCUCUCCCUCAGCGAGUCUACCCUGAACCGCUACGAGGUGCAUCCUGUUGGGACAUUUCCAAGCGGUAUGAGCCCUGAGUUUAGGACUACUGUCAAGGUAAAUAAGGAGUUGGGACAGGGUUUGUAUGUCGGCAGUAAAACAGGGAAGGGUGGCCUAUUUUCUCUCUGGCAGGGCUCCUCUGCAGAAUAUCACGCUUUAUCAUUAGCGGCAUUAGUAAGGCAGCGGCGAACCUGUGCCUGGGCUGGACCACCUCAGAUCGCAGGUAGGGGCUCCUCUAUGUAAAAUAGACAAGCAUAUCUCUGUGUAGAAGUCUAGCCUAUCAGGGGUCUAAGUCUCGAAGCUUAAUUCAGACUGCAGGACUCACAUGACUAAAUGCUUCUCCAGCAGACCCAGGCAAAUUGAGGUACCAAUGCUUUAAGAUCAGGGCUGGCCCUCCAGAAUCAUAGAAUCAUAGAGUUGGAAGAGACCACAAGGGCCAUCGAGUCCAACCCCCUGCCAAGCAGGAAACAAAAAAGCUUUUGAGCUCCCAUUCCCAUCAGCCCCCUGGCCAGCAUGGCCAAUGGUCAGGGACGAUCAGAGCCCAAUAACAUUUAGAAGGCCACAGGCUCCCCUCUCUUUCUUUUGGGCACCUGGUUCCACAGACACACCUGUUGAUUUAUUACUGUGACCAUCUUUCUUCUCACCACUGCAAUGCCCAAAAGAAAAAGAAGAAAAGCAACUGGCAAAGGCACUGUUCACUCCUGUGGGUUCAGAGACUGAGUUUAUAUCUCCUGCACAAUCAGAUUUUCAAAGUUCAGCUUAGAGAAAUCCAGAGUUUCAGAUUCCAGUUUCCAAAAAUGGUGACCCUACAUGAUUAUUUUUUUUAAAGCUUUGUGCAGUUUUUUGCUUCAUCUAUUGAACACUCUUCUCAUCCCUGUAGGUGCAAAACCUUGGCUGUUAUGCGGUGGAGAAUCUCUCCCUUGUCAUGGACCUGCCUGCCACAGCCUAUCAGAACAGUGAAUUCCUCUCCGUCACACGCAUCAUUGCAGAUAACGUGAGUCACUAGGCCUUCACCAGUAUAAGUGUUUCAGGGCCUCUGUUCUUGCUGUCGUUUGAGGUCUUAUGGGAAAAUUCCAAAUGACACUUUCCUGCUCAUGGGACAGCAAGUUCUCUUGCACAGCCCUGGCAAUGCACCACAUAUGACAUCGGGAUAGAUUGGGCCCAGAAGGCUACUGCUGCUGAUCUGCUCAGUUUCAAAAUCUGCAAUCUGGUUUAGAGUGAACACCUACUAACUUGCGGGCAAAGGAUGUUCUUGUGCUUGCCAUUGGGGCAUCUGGUUGACCACUGUGAGAGCAGGAUGCUGGACUAGAUAGGCCCCCUUUGGCCUGAUCCAGCGACCAGACUCUCCCUAUGCUCAUGGUUCACAAGGUCCUCUUAUACAAGUCCUUAGAUCUAAAUGUUCUAAAAGCCCAGCUUUAGUAAAGUUUAAUUUGCAAACAGCUCUGACCACUUCCUCUAGCACUUUGGGUUCAGUAGGUUCUUCUUAAUUUUAGCUGGCUGCUGAGCAGGGCUUUUCUUCAGCCAGAAUUUGCCAGAACUCAGUUCCAGCACCUCUUAGGUGGGUGCCAUUGCCAUUAUACAAGAACAAAGACAGUGUUCAUGGUGAGUUCCGGCACCUCUUUUUCUAGAAAAAUAGCACUGCUGUUUAGGACAUCUUAAUGCCAAAAGAGAUGAGACAGAGAGCGCAAAACGAGAAGGGGCCAAACAUGAAUAAGGGGAGGGAAGGAAAUCCGCUCCUGUUCAGAGGCCUGGGUGCAGAGGCCUGCUGAAGGUGCUCAAGGAAAAGCUUAGAAGGACCCCUCACACAUAGUGAUGUCCCUUUCCAUUUUCCAGGUGACCUGCACCAUGCAAAAUCUGACAGAGGCCUCUCAAAAUGCAGCUGGUGGUGUGAUGAUCCCUGUUCAUCCAGAAGAACUUGUGCACGUAGAGAAACUGGUGAGUGCCAUGUUAGCAGACCUUGCAGCUUGGGUGAAUUUGAUUGAAGUUGCUGGAGUUUAAAGGCUUUAUUCAUGCAGGAACUAUGUACAAUAUGAGUGGAGAUGACAGAGAAAAUAAUAGAUGUCUGGAGAGAAUAGCAAACAAAAUGGCUCAGCUUUUAUGGGUAAAGUUAACAUAGACAUAAAAACUACAAACAGGUGCUGGCCAGAUUGCAACACAAAGUGUGCCCUCAUGUGGUUUAAAGUAACUCAAGAGAAGGAGAUGUUAUUUGCCUUAUUCCAACUUUCCCUCCUUUGGCUUCCUCACUGUGACUCAGGCAGCUUCAAGACUGGCUGUCUCUAUCAUAACCUAACUGUUGCUUUUCCAUUGCAAGCAUUUUAGUGCAAACUAAAAGGUCAGUUAAAAUUGUUUUAACACAAUUUAAAAUGCUACCAUCCAGAAAGGUAAAUAGGGAGAGUACCAAGUGGAGAUAUUCCCCCCCACCCCAUUUUAUGUUGCAUCCACGAUUGCAGAAUGUGUACAGUAAUUUUUACUUAUUUGUUUGUUUGUUUAGAUUUCAUGAGAACCAUUUACCGCUUGAUUGUUUUUUAAAAAACCUUCAUAGCGAUUUAGAAAGAAAAUAAAGCAAUACAAUUAUUAGUAAAAACAGUUAACAGCAUAUAUUUUAAAACAUACAGUGGUACCUCGGAUUACAGACGCUUCAGGGUUCCGCUAACCCACAAAUAGUACCUCAGGUUAAGAACUUUGCUUCAGGAUGAGAACAGGAAUCGUGCGACAGUGGUGUGGCAGCAGUGGGAGGCCCCAUUAGCUAAAGUGGUGCUUCAGGUUAAGAACAGUUUCAGGUUAAGAACAGACCUCCAGAACGAAUUAAGUUCUUAACCCGAGGUACCACUGUAAAGUAAAAUCAGCAAUAAACUAAAACAGAUUAAAACCCCUAAACCUACCACAUGCACACCAUGUUACCAAUGAAAACCACCCCAUAACCACCCCAUUUGGGCCUGGUAAAAGAGGGGGCUACUCACCCCCUCCACUGCAUAAUGUUAUUUGGAUUUUUGAAGCCCGAGAGAAGAAUUGAUCUUCCAGUUGCAGGCUUAAAGGAGGACAGCAAGGAUUGGGUGCUACUAAUGGGGUGCUAGCCAGGGUUGUGCAGUGGUUACGGUGUUGGACUAGUAACUGGGAGACUAGGGUUCAAAUCCCCACUCAGCCAUGAGGCUCCCUGGGUAACUCGGAACACAGUCACUGCCUCUCAGCCUCACAGGGUUGUUGUGGGGAUUAGAUGAGGAGGGCUGGAGAACGUUGAUCUCCUUGGAGGAAAAAAGGUGGGGCUUAAAUAUGCAACAUAUAAUCAAAUAAAUAAUGCACCCACAUCUGGAAGCAGCCUAGGUUGUGAAGCGGGGAAGGUUGGGGAAAGGUACAGAAAAUGCCUAGAAUUCUGCCCACACUUUGAUUGGGUUUUGGGUGGAACGAGCAGAGGCAAAGAAAGGGCUGAGGUCUCUCUUUCCUGCCAGAAUUGCACCAACGCCAGAUGCCAAGUGGUGAAGUGUGAGCUGCCGCACAUCGAGAGGAACGCGGAAGUCUCCAUCCACCUGCUGAGAGCGGUUCACAAUGAGUUUUUCAGGAGGGUGAGUGCAGACUUUGUACCCUCUCUCAUGCAUGCACCCCUGAAUUACUGCUUAAGAGGGUCUUAUAUGCCCUUUGCUGGUAGCAUGGGAAAAUCUGGACUGAAUGUGUUUGUGUGCAUAGGUAGGUACGUAGGUAGGUAGGUGCAGGCUGUCACGACAAUGACUGUGUGGACCCUGCAUAAAACCUGCAUGUCCAAUUUGUUCAGAUACAGCAGUAAACUCCCCUGGAAUCACCUGCUGAGUUUGAGUGUCACCAGAAUAGAAUUCCUUCUUUGCUUUGUUCAAGAACGCAACAGGGUUAGAGAGCAUCUGGUAGCAGGUUGAGGCUGCGAUGGUGGUUGUGGAAUGCAACUCCUAAAAAGGCAAACUUGCCUCUGUUCAGUAAAGCAGUGUUGUGCUGAGAAUCCAGGGGCAUCACAACCUCUCAGUCUUAGAGGAUUGUUGUGGGGUAAGGGAGAGCCAUAUGCACCACACUCCCUUGGAGGAUAAAUGCAAGAAUGAAAUAAAUAAAAAUAAAUGCACUUGCCAGCUGGGAACCUGCCUUGGGAGGCUCUUCUUCUUCUUCUUCUUAACACCCCUCUUGUUUCUUUCUUUCCAUCUCAUGGACGAAGGCUAAAUUCAAGACUGUGAAGGUUGUGAGCAGGUUCACACUGACCAGCCAAGAAGAGGAGAGCCUCCUUCUGCUGCCAGAGGCUGCCCAUCAACGGGAGGUAGGAGGGGCUGCUGGCCUUUCCAAGGCUGGGGUGGUGGUGGUGGUGGUUCAAGCUGCAGCAGCUUCUGCGUCAUAGCAAAAAAAAAUUCCCCUUAAGAAUGAAUGGAAAUUGUUGACUUUGUUAUGCAAGUGAAUGAUUUCCAGGGAAUGCAAUGUGUAUGGUAAGCGGGACCUGUCUGUAUGUAUUCACAAUCGCAAUAAGGGAUGAAAGCUUGGUGUGUUUUUUUUAAAAAGAGUUGAGUGCAUUGGGCUUAGGCUUAAGAGAAAUCAGUGAGAAAACCCUGUUCAUGUCAACUGCUCUCUUGCUGUCUUUGUGAUGCCCUUUCAGUCUGAGCUAACCAGCUCUGAAUCCUCAUCACGCCUCCCAACACUACCAGUGGGCUUUUUGCUGGGAUUCAGCAGAUUUCUCCCCUUUCUCGUUGCAGACCAUCUUGGAGAUCAUCCAGACCAAUCUGGUCCCUCUUUCGCUCUGGAUCCUGAUUGGCAGCAUCAUUGGGGGGCUCCUGCUGCUGGCUCUGAUUAUCAUCUGUUUGUGGAGGGUAAGAGUCAUGCUAACGGCCUCCGGUUGCACCUGCACAGGGAGACAAGCUUAAACAGGUCACAUGACUAGUUUGGCCUUCUAGCUUAUGGAUUCUUAAUUGCUGAGACACAGCACCAAAAGAAAAAUCACAUGGUACAAAAUUCCUGGGACUGUCGACACAGGCAGGGGGGAAGUUCCCUUUCCGCAGCCUGGUGCCUUCCAGAUGUUUUGGACUACAACUCCCAGGAAUCGUGGUCUGAAACAUUUGGAGGUCACCAUAGGGACAUCAGAAGAGCCUGUUGGAUCUGGCCAAAGAGGGCCCUUCUAGUCCAGCAUCCUGUUCUCACAGUGGUCAACCAUGUGCAAUACUCUUCCCUGCUGUAGUUUCCAGCAACUGGUAUUCAGAAGCCUUGCUGCCUCCAACUGUGGAGGCAGAGGAUAGCCAUUGCAGCUAGUAGGUGGCGAAGGGAACCCUACAUAAAGAGAACCUAGUGGGCCAGGGAGAGAUUUAAAUUCUAGCUUUCUGUUUAUUCCCAAAGGUUCAUGAAAACUGAGAUUGACACAAGAGUAUUGCAGCUACAUACAAUUAUCCACCUGUGGUUGAAAGUGGUACAGUCCUAGGCAUUCUCUACCACCUGAUUUUUCUCUAUGGAGACAGAGCAGCACAAAGAUUCAUCUCGGGGAAAUUUUCAGGCUUGUUUUCAGGUGGGAUUCAAUCUCAUACCAGAAAAUUCAGGCUGCAAAAUUAUAGCUGAUUCAGAGCUCUUCCACAGCAAGCCCCAGAACAGUUUGGCCCUUUUGCAAUAUGGAAAAUGAUGGGAAUGCACAGGAAAAUGUGAGGUGCUGCUUGCUUUGACUCAGAGCCAUCUAACCUCCCUGCAGACAAAUCAGGAUGAAUGCUCAAUAUAUAGUAGGUUGUUUAGAGAGCCCUGAACCCAAGACAUCAGAAGACUAGGUUCCCUGUAGCUGAAAAACAAAACAUCUUUUUCUCAUGCUAAUCUAUAUAUUCUUCUUCUGCUCCCUUUUCCUUUACCACCUCCUCCAGCUUGGAUUUUUUGCACACAAAAAACCUGGGGAAGAAGAGAAAGAAGAACAAUAAAACAUGGAAUUUGAGCAAGGACUCAAGCAAGGGCUUCACACAGGAAAAAUGAGCAAGGGGAGAAAAUCCAGUGGGUGGUUGCUGCUGCCCUCCUUUGACUCCUUGUAAAAAGUGAUGGAAGAUCCAGCAGUUCUGAAGACAAUCUGCAAUCUCAUAGCAUCCUUUUGCUUUUGGGAAGCUAAGAAAAUGCAACAACCUUCCCCCCGUGUUGGAGCCACAAUUAAACACACCAAUACACACACUUUGGUCUUCAGACUGGGGUGGGUAAACAUCCAAUUUUGCUUCCCAUGUUCAGGGAGUGGAGAAAAAGUAGUGCGUGCAGGCCAGCUUAGGCCCAACCCUUCAAGGUGACAAGACAACAGAGAUAUGGGUUUCAAAGAUGGCUCCUUCCCCGUGAAAAGUGACUUAAGUGCUCAAAUCAUGUGGAGCAUCUCUAUUCCAGAUACUUUCUUCAUGCAUUGCAGGAGGUCUCCUUUCUAACUCUACAAUUCAAUAGUUUCCAUCAGUCCUUUGGGAUGCAGCAGCUUGUCUUGACAAGGUGGAGCGUCUCUCGUCUCCCUCGAACAGAACUUUGUUGCAUAGAAGCAAAAAAGAAUUUUACAUAGUCCUGUAUUCCUGUUACCUUUUGGGUGUGUUGGUGGCUGGUGCAGAGCAGCCUCAUUCACUUGGAAUUGCAAAAGGGUAGGGCCCUUUGGUUUGGCAGCUGUGAGCACCAUCAGGAAAUCAGGGGAAUGGUUUGUGCCCGUUGCUUGGCUUGUCCGGAUGGAGGAUAGAGAGGGGCAUGUGCCAGUGGCUGUGGAACCCAGCCCCUUGUAAAAAAGGUAAAAUUUGCAUAUAUUGCUGCACCCACUUUUGUGCCUGGCCCCACCCACCACUGGCAGGUGGCUUCCAGAAGGGGAUUUGGCCCUUGGCCUGAAAAAGGCCCCCAACGCUCUCCUUCCCUGUGUGCAACCAGAGGCUUACAAACUGCCCACCAAGUGCAUGGAGCUGCCUUCUGGCCACAAAUGGGAGAAUGAGAUCAGAACAUAAGAGCCCUGCUGGAUCAGGCCAAUAGCCUAUCUAGCCCAGCCUCUUGGUGGUCAACCAGAUGCCCCAAAGGGAAACCCAUGAGCAGGAGGACCCAAGCACAAGAGUCCUCCCCUCCUAUGGUUUCCAGCAACUGGUAUUCAGAAGCAUUGCUGCCUCCCAACUCUGGUGGCAGAGCAGAGCCAUCAUGGCUGGCAGCCACCGACAGUCUCCUUCUCCUCCGUGAGCUGAUCCAAUCCUCUUUUAAAGUCAUCCAAGUUGGUGGCCAUCAUGGCCUCCUGUGGGAGAGUUCCAUAGUUUUAACUAUGUGCUGUGUGAAGUUGUAGGCUUACCCAAUGCCAAUGGAUGUGCCAACCUCCCACUGUGAGCCAGGAUUGCAAUGGAAGGUGAUGGGCAAGGGAUGGGAUAAAGUCGAGGUGCGUGCUGUUCUCCCUACUGCUGUCUUUUUUUGAACUUGUUUGUGCAACGGAAAUGUAAGGAUUUGCUUGUCCAGCCCCAGCAAAUGUCUCACCAGAAGCCCAUCGUGAAGCUCACAAAGAUGAGAGCCAGGAGGUAACUGGUUUCCCUCUUAGGCCAAAUAAUUUUGCACCGCCAUUAAGCUGCAUGAAUUGAAUAAACAAGUUUCUCUCCCCCACAGUAUUCAUUCUGCUUUGUCGGUCAUGGAGAGGGACACAGAGGCACUGCACCUCUUUGCUGGUCCCAUGAGAAGCUCAGUCUUUGUUAAGGUACAAAUAUAGGAGGAAUCACCAUGGAUGCCAAUGCCACUGAAAUCUCAAGAGCCAUGAUCCAGGGAAGGGAAAGAGGCAUGCAGAGCCCUGGUGUCCAGAUUGUGGGGAAGCCUGUUGGGCCAACCUCCCUCCCUGCUGUCUGUAGGGUCUGGGGAUUUUACCAGGCAUUGCCCACAUACUCUCAUGCCUUUCGUUUGCAACCUUAAUAAGGGCCAGAUGUUUUGCCUCUAUGUCAGUAGCUCCAAACGUGAAUCCAAAUUUAAUGAUUUAGGACAAACUAAAAUAACUCAAGCAAUGAGCCAGCUUUCAGGUUCCUCAGAAUGCUUCUUCAGGCUGAUGCUAGCCACAAGGGGGAACAUUCCUGGAAAUGGUUGAAGUGAGGGGUGGGGGAGCCCAAGAUGACUGUUUUAAUUAGUUAGGAGAAGUUAGUUUAAGCUAGUUAGGAGGAGGAAGAGAACUUAUGCAAAUGAGGUUAGACAACCAAGUGCAAAAGAUGUCGCUGGUGGCCCCAAAGCCUGGGGAAGAUUUCUGGGAUGCUAAAAAGCUUGCUCACACCUUCAUCACAGUUUCCAGUUGGUCCUAAUAAGUAGUGUGCAUCCUACAUGUGCACUUGGAUUUUUAUUUUCAUGAAGCCAGGAAAACUACCUGUCCCCCCCCCCAAUGUUUUAGAGAAUAAUUCAACUGUCCAGGAAAAUGACCCUAGGAAUGGACCUUCGACUAUGUAAAAUGAUAGGGCCUUAGCAGGGUGAGGAUGUACAUGCCCUCCAGCCAUUAGGCAAAACUAUGAAAUUUGGUUACUUUGACAUUUAUUUAGUUGGUCCUAAUAAAGGCUUUUUUCCAACU